AUGAAGGUGGCUGUGCGUAAGCGCAAGGUGAUGAAUGUCUGAGUCUAGUAGGUGUCUAGGUGGAUGGGAGCUGUAUGAAAGCCUGUCUGCGCCCGGAAGGCAAAGAGCCAACUGUGUGAGGUGAGGCAGAAAGCGGUAGGCUAUGUGUGUGUGUAGAGCUGCCGUGCUGGUAGUACCCUGUUACCCCGGGGCAGGGGGGGGGGGGACGAGGGACGCCACCAGAGCCGGUUGGUGGAGCCUCCAACGGGUCGCUAUCCCAUUGUAACAAAAAGGGUGAACCAGAAAUACAGAAGCUUGCAAACGUUGCUAAACAUUUUAGUGAGAGAGUCUUAGUAAGAGUCCAAGAUACCCAGACCAGGCGCGUUGCUUCAGGUCUUGGUGCCUCCAUGGGGUCUGGGUGCAACUGCUGUGUCUGCUUCCACCCUCCCGGGUCGAUGGCCUGGUUGUGGCAUUAAAGUUGUCGACAGAGUUGGGAGUCCCAGUGCUGCCAUUAGAGCAGGGCCCUCAGAGGGGUCCAUGGCCUUAUAAUGCUUGUUGUCUUUGGUAACCCAUAGGGUCCCCGGAGUCGACCACUUGUAGGCGAUGCCUGCUGCGUGGAGCGGUUUAGUAAGUGGUUGCAUUUGUUUGCGCCAUAUUAGUGUGGCUCUGCUUAAGUUCUGAUAAAAGGAUAGUCGACAAUCCUCAAAUUCCAUAGGAGUCUUUCCCUGUAGCGCUGCUAAGAGUCCCAAUUUGUCUGACAUGGACUGGCACCGUAGUAUGAUGUCUCGCGGGGCUGCGCAAUUUCACAAUUCUAUAGACUCCAUCAAAUAAGGUUUUGGCUUGUCUGGCUGGAAGUAGCGCGGCUACGAGGCGUCUGAAGAAAUGUGGUAGUUCCUCCAGCGGUACGGAUUCCUGUACCCCUCUGAUUUUGACGUUUUUGCGUCUCCCCCUGUCAUCCAGUAGGUUGACUUGUCUGGAUAGGGUAGUCUGUGUGGUGUGUAGUUGUUGUACUUUCUCCCCCAGCUCUUGUAGGCCCUGUCUCAGGGUCUCCACUUCAUUCUCUGUUGCUUGUGUACGUGCUGUCACUGCAUGUACAUCACCUUUUAGCACUGCCAGGUCAGCCACCCACAUUUGCCUGAGGUUCUGUUGCAGGCCUGUCAGCAUGGCCUGGAUAUCACUCCUGGAUGCUGGGGCAUUAUCCUCCGUUACCCGUGGGUGAGCUGUAUGACAGGGAGUGAGUGGUGGGCUAUCUGGUGGUUCCCCUUCCUCUGAGGGUAGUGGGGAGGUGUCUUGCUUGGACGUGGUCCGCGUCUGGUCUAUGUCGUGCUGUGGCUUUGGGGUAUGCGUGGAUGGUUUCUGAGACUUGCGCCCCAUCUCACCUGUGUGGUACCAGUCUUCCAAUUCAGGUGAGCCCCAGGGCCAGACUCCCUCCCUGAGACUCUCUGCCAUCUGCCCGCCCCCGUGGUAGGCCUUGCCGUGUUGGCGUUGAGUUUUGGAGCUGGGCGUAAGAAAAAACGGCAUUGGCGGUGUCGGCUGGCUGCUCCGGACUUAGACCCAGCUUCUGUGACCAGGGUCAGUACUGGAUGCCCCCGAAUUGGCUGGAUUUGGAUUAUCCAAACGGGAGCUCCAAGAUUGUGCGUCCGCUGGGCUUCGCUGUCAGACCCCGAAUCCAACAAUGUGGAUUUUAACAUUUAAUUUUAUUUUACAGCCAUUACAAACACAUCUUUGCUAAACAUUGAGGAAAAAUUUAAAUCACAUUUAAAAAAAUAACUAAUAAUAAUAAUAAAAUGAAAUUUAAGAAUAUGACAGGGCAGCACUUUUCCUGUAGGGCCCAGCCUGUGUGUAGAAGAACCCCUGCUUCCUCCCUCCUGGUCUGGAACGCCAGUAGAGGGAGUGUGGGCCUCUGCGGCUUCCGUAACAUGGACGGUUCCAUUCCGGUGGGAGGGGUGUUUUUUUCCUGGAUUGCUAGUUGCAGGCGGCUCUGUGGUUUCCUGUAUCCCCCCGCUGCCGCUGUGGGCCGCACACAUUCCUGGUAGAAGGGGCCACCCGGUGGGCGGGGCUGAGAGCCGAGUCCCCUCCGCCAGCUCCCCGCCGGUACCCGACACCCCCCUCCGCCGCCGGACUCGGAUGGUGAAUCCCGGGAUCCCAGGUAAUGGCUGCGAAGUGAACGGCAGCCGCGCUCAGGAGUAACAGCGAAUGGUUCCCUCCCCCGUGGGAUCCCGUGACAGGUACCGGCCGGGUCCGCCCUGCGCUCCAACCCCAGCCAGCACCGCUCCCCGCGGGCAGCCCUCACCGGGGACACCGGGCACCGCCUGGCACACAUGGGUAGGCCACAGCCAGGCCGGGACCGGGGCCAACAAACCCGGGAUCUGAGUCACAGCGGGGGAGGGGGGGGCUGGGUGGCUGUCAGUGAGGGCAGUGGGGGGCAGUGCUGGGUGGCUGUCAGUGAGGGGCAGUGCUGGGUGGCUGUCAGUGGAGGGGCAGUGCUGGGUGGCUGUCAGUGGAGGGGCAGUGCUGGGUGGCUGUCAGUGAGGCAAAGGGGUGGCUGUCAGUGGAGGGAAGUGUGCUGGGUGGCUGUCAGUGGAGGGGCAGUGCUGGGUGGCUGUCAGUGGGGGGCAGGUGCUGCGGCCGUCAGUGGGGGGCAGUGCUGGGCUGUCAGUGGGGCAGUGCUAGUGGCUGUCAGUGGGGGGGGCAGUGCCAGUGGCUGCCGCGGGUGUAGUGCGCCGGGGUGGCUGCCAGUGGGGGGCAGUGCUGGGUGGCUGUCAGUGGGGGGGCAGUGCUGGGUGGCUGUCAGUGAGGGGCAGUGCUGGGUGGCUGUCAGUGGGGGGGCGGCAGUGCUGGGUGGCUGUCAGUGGGGGGGCAGUGCUGGGUGGCUGUCAGUGAGGGCAGUGCUAGGUGGGGGGCAGUGCUGGGUGGCUGUCAGUGGUUGGGCAGUGCUGGGUGGCUGUCAGUGGAGGGGCAGUGCUGGGUGGCUGUCAGUGGGAGCCGUGCUGGGUUAGCGGGGAAGUUUUAGGAUUUGGGAGCUGUCAGUACAGCAAUUGUUGGUUGGGGGACUGUUAGUAGGGCGGUCUUGGUUUGAAGCACUGUUAGGUGGGCAUUGCUGGGUUUAUAGUGACCCUCAGUGUGGUAGUGCCAAAUUUUUUGAGCUGGAAAUUUGGAGCUUGUCACUGGAGGCAGUGCUGGAUUGGGAGCUGUAUUGAGGCAGUGCUUGGUGGCUGUCAGUGGGAGCAGUGCUGGGUUGGAGGCUGUUAUUGAGGCAGUGCUUGGUGGCUGUCAGUGCUGGGGCUGUCAGUGGGAGCAGUGCCGAGUUGAGGGCUAUCAGCGGGAGCAGUGCCAGCUUUGGGGCUGUCAUUGGGAGCUGUGCCGGGUUAGCGGGGAAGUUUUAGGAUUUGUGGGUUGGGGGACUGUUAGUAGGGCAAUCUCGGUUUGAAGCACUGUCAGGUGGGCAUUGCUGGGUGUUUAGCGACCGUCAGUGUUGGUAGUGCCAGAUUUUUUUUGAGCUAGAAAUGUGGAGCUUGUUGACUUUUUAUGGGAGCGUUUGGGUGUUGGGACUGUCAGUGAGGGAGUGGUGAAUGUGGUUUUUGUAGCAUUUAUUGGACAAGCAUGGGAUUGGGCAGUUUGUUGAUCAUUGUGUUAGAUUCUAGUAAUGACAAACCUAGUCAUGUCUUGUCGAUAAGAUGUCGUUGGAAAGAAGUACUAUCAAAAGAAGUCCAGAAUAUGUAAUGGAAGAUAUCAAACUGUGGGCUGCUUGCAGCUUUAGUAUAACACUUAACCAUGGGCCAUAUGUUGAGAAUCUUGAUCUAAAUCACUUUCAAUUUAAACAACUAAUUUAGUUCGGGUUUUCCAGACUGUUGACGUUUCAGCUAUUCAAGACUAUAUAACUCCUGUAAUAGCUGUGUCCCUGGCAUUAUAAUCUACACAAUAAGUGUGCCAAAUGGCUAGUUGAGUAAAAUGUUGAGAUAAACUGACAUGCAAAAAAGAUUAUCAAAGGUUUGCAUUUUAGAUACAAAGAAGCAAAAUAAAUGUUCUAACAAUCUGGAAAAAAAUUGGGAAGGUGACUAGCCUUAAAAAUUGUCAAAAGGUCUGCAUGUACAUACAAAUGUAGUCCUUAAAUCGGUGCAACGGCACCAUAACAAGUACAGUGGGUUCUGUGUUUCUGCUGCCCUACCUUUAUUGUAAGUAAUCAGACUGUCUUGGGGCGGUUGGACUUCUUACUGUGGGUUCGCUGGGCAUGAUUCCACGACUCCAUUACUUCCAGCGUAAAGCUGUAACCUCCUGCUUUGUAGGGCUUAGCUCAGAAGAGCUAAAGGAAGCUCCUAUCAGCCGAUUGCUUUGAAUUAAACCCUGCUCUGCUGUGCUUAGCUCAGAAAAUGUGCUUCCGGCUCUCUGUCAGAGGUAGUGGACGUUGGGAGUCUUAGCACUGCAAUGUACACAUUGCAUUUUCUCUGAAACUGCUGUGUUUUAAAGGAACUCUAUAGCGUUAGGAAUUCAAAUAUGUAUUCCUAACGCUAUAGAGCCCUAGUCACCUAAACAAUGACUAGGACCCCGUUCCGCGGCGAAUAAAUGGUUAAUUUACCAUUUAUUUGCUUACCUUGAUCCAGCGCCAGGCCCCCUUGGCACUGGUGACUUCUCAUCUUCCAUUGACGUCAGCUCACAAGUGGAGCCGCAUGAGCUGCCGGAGGAGCGCGCGCGCGUAUUCAAACCUGCCCAUAGGAAAGCAUUACUCAAUACUUUCGUAUGGAGAUCUUUUUUUGACGCUGGACGUCAAAUAAGUGUGAUUUACUCCGUGUAAAUCGCGGAAGCGCCUUUAGUGGCUGUCAGGGAGACAGCUACUAGAGGCUGAAUUAACCCUGCAGUGUAAACAUAGCAGUUUCUCUGAAACUGCUAUGUUUUCAACUGCAGGGUUAAAACUAGGGUGGCCUUCAUUGAGCUGAAGUGGUCUGGGUGCCUAUAGUGGUCCUUUAACAUUUGCAGGGCUAAGGGGAAAGGGGACCCUGCACCCAGACCACUUCCAUGAGAUGAAGUGGUCUGGGUGCCUUUAACCCCUAAAUUGCAGAUAAUUAAUCAGUAAGACUGCAGGGGCAUGAUCUAUACACCAAAACUGCUUCAUUAAGCUGAAGUUGUUUUGGUGCUUAUAGUGUACCUUUUAAGUAUAAAUAAAAUGUUAAAAGAUUGGCAGGGGGUGGGGAGGUAUGGGACCCUCUCUUUCUCCUAUUUUAUGAGCUGCUGUAACUUGUCAGAUUCUGCUUUGGAGACUAUAUGUACUGAACCCUUCUGGGUACCUGUUUUACAGUAAGUUCACAAGAGAACAAAAAACAACACUUCUAUCAUAGUUUUGAUUGUAACAUUUUUUUACCCACAUGCAACCAAGAAAAAACAACACAAAACAGAUUUACUUAUCAUUCCUGAUUAUUAAAUGUCUACAGUGAGAAUUUCUAAUUUACAGUCAAAAUGGCAGAACUUUCAGAACUUUCUGUCACCUAUGCUUUCAGUUCAGCUACUAUAGCCUUAAAGGGACACUAUGGGCACCCAGACCGCUUCAUCUCGCUGAAGUGGUCUGGGUGCAGUGUCCUUGUCACCUUAAACCUGCAAUGUAAAACAUUGCAGUUUUGUGAAUAGUGACACUAGCACUAGAAAUAUAAUUUUGUGUUACCAAGGCUAUAGUGUUCCUUUAAAUUUGAAAUGUACUUUUAAUUCACUUUGAAUCCUCACUGUAGUAAUUAACCCUUCUCAGAUAAGAUUUCAGUUAUUUUUGGUAGUUAUAGGACAUAUAUUGCAAGAAGUGAGUUAUGAUUGUAAAGAUGAGACUACAACUUAAUUAAGGAUAUAUUUGUAGAAAGAGGACACACAGGGGUAUUUAAGUAAGAACAUCGUAUUUGUUUUUGUUUCUCAUCACUAUAACUUUAAUUUCACAUUCUUUUUACCAUUUUAUGCAUUAUCUUCUAUAUAGAUUGUCCAUCCCCCUUCUUUUCUCAUUUUAAAUGCAUGUUUAGAAGUAGCAGCUCCAUGUAGACCAUUUUAUUGCCAUCAUCAUACUACUUCUACAAACCUUUAAUAAAGUGACAAUGAAAACUUAAAGUAAACCACUGUCACAUGGUUUCACGUGACCUAUCCAUUUGCGGGAAGGUUGGCGAAGAUGGAGCAGAUAAGGAAGAUAUACUGACCUCCCCAAUAGUGAGAAUACAAAGCAGGUUUUAUGGAGGAUAUUUAAAUGCUGCGGAAUAUUGCCAUCGGUCUCUUGCGCAUGUUGUGAGAUGAUGCCUAUUCUCACCAGCCACUGAAAAUUAUCGUGCUUUACUACAUUAUAGGUGCUGCCUAUGUGUUCCUGAUAAUCUUUGCACAGUAUCUGCUUUCAGGAAAUUAUAGGACUUGCUUAGUUUUAUCAAAUUCCAGGCUGUGCUGGAAGAACGUUCGCUUAAUCUAUGCAAAACGAGAGAGAAAAUCAACAAAACGCACAGAGCUUGUUCCUAUACAACAAAUUAAAGAUAGGGACUCUCAGCACUUAUACCAGUAUGUGCAAAUCUGUCAUUAUUCCCUGGCAGGAUACGAUUUCUCAUUGCACAGUACUGCAGAAUAUGCAAGUGUUUUGUAAAGAGUACAAGUCAUUUUGUCUGGGUAAGCAUAAAUACUAGCCAGGCCCAGGGAUCUGCUAAUGUAGAAAAAAAGAUUGAUCCAACAUUCCACAUUGACAACCACCUUGUGUAAUCAGAAUGUGGCUUUAUUUUCCGGUUUAUCAUGAAAUGCAGUUAGAAUCAUUCUUAGUUGGUGUGUCAGCCUAAAUCAAAGUAUCCAAUUUAGCCACGCUCACACUGCACUAUGUCACGACUCAAAGCUGCCAAACCUAUUACCAGCCAAAAUCCUUGCAAGUCAUCGUGGACCUUCAUUUCACUGCUGGUUCUAGACAUUUUUGUUUUGCUGUUUCGUUUUCCCUGCAGACAUUGUAAUUUUCUGUUGUGGUUUUCUUCCUGUUUUUUUUUUUAAUUCCUUGAGCACAACUGACUAGAAUCAAGUGGGAUAUUUAUUUUGUCGUUUAGUCCUGUUAUUUAGUAAUGUAAACAGUCAUAAUUGCAUAGUUUAAUUUUAUUUAGUUUGUUUUUUUCCCCCAUGGUUACAGAGAAACAUGUGUUGUAGUUUUUUUUUUUAUGAUCCUGUAACUGUGGGGAAUUCAUAUGUGUGCUCACACUGUACGAAUUUUACGUAUUUUAUAUCUAUGUUUUCCUUGAUUCUAUUCUUGUUCUGUUCUAGUUAAUUUUGUUAAACAGAACAGAAAGUUUGGCCCAAUGACAGCUAGUACGAGGACAGAUGUUCAGAAUAAAUGUGAUAUCUUAAAUUGUGAAGCACAAGUGAAAAGGCACAUUGUAAAUCAUAACUUCAUGCUAACCAAAGAUGAAUAAAAAUGAUGAGAUGAGUGGGACUGCUCUGCAAAGCAGUAAUACAACAGCUGCUAUUGGUUUCAAAUCCCCAACAUUGACGUCCCGAAAACUGGGGGCGCAGAGGGAAUAGGGGCAGGCCAAUGAUGUGAUUGAGUUAAUGGCUCUUCACAAAGGGAUCUGGCAUGAAUGCAGGGCAGGCUGCCUGCCAAUCAUGCGCUUUCUUUAUGGUCCUGGUUCCCUGAAUGCUGAGCAUGCACAUCUAAUGAUGUGCUUGCGAUACUUUUUAGGGACAGUUUCCUGGUGUUCCAAAAAGCAGGGAACCAGGGAGUAAAGACCGUCCAGCGGAACAAGAGCUGAAAAUUGGGACUGGCUCACCAAAAUCAGGAUAGUUGGCAGGCAUGUAGUUUACAGAUAGUUAAGUUCAGUAUCUAGUGAAUAGGCUUUGUGCAUUGAUCAUCAGAGAUUCAGCCCAGCUCUCUCCAGAUGGAAAAGCUAAGCCCAGGUUGUACAUGCCAUUUAAAGGAACAUUAUACAAAGCUUUAUUGCUAACGCUAUAGUGUUCCUCUGCACCCAUUCCUAAGGGGGUUUCCAAACGGUUAAAACUCAUUUAAAACGCCCAAUUCCAGUGCUCACGUCCCUCAACACUGGCUCCGUCUCCUCCAAUGUCAGCGUGAUGGGGAACCUAAUGCGCAUGUGUGCAUGUGCCUUCCCCCAAAGAAAAAUAUUGAAUUAAUGCAUUCCUAUGGAGAUUUUCAAGAUAUGGUUUGUCCUCAUACAAAGCGCGAGGAUGUCCAGCAUCGUUUCACGGAGUUAAACUCCGUGAAACAGAAGGAAGUGCCCCUAGCCAUUAGUGGCAGUCUUAACACUGCAAUGAAAACAUUGCAGCCAGACCACUUCAAUAAGAUGCCCCAAUGUGUCCCUUUACAACUUGGACAGAAGUCUAGCUGAAUGAUUGACAGAUCUGAUGGGCUGUUUUAGAGAUUUUUACAAUGCUGAGCUGAGAGUAAGUGGAGGAUGAAAGAGUUCUGAUGGUGCUUAGUGACCCUUUAAGGUGAGAAGCUGACUCAGCAGAACAACUGUUCAUCCUCAACGGUUGUGCCAAGGGCAUUUAUCCACAUACACAUUCCUUAGGCUAAAUGGUGAGAGCAGGAAUUAAGCAGAUGUCCGGACACAAGAGUUCAUACAAGGCUGGCAUCAAACCGUGGUCAAAGUCCAAGAUUAACUUUAUAUCUGAUCUAUGGCAGGUUACACAGACCGCAUUGACAGACAUAGAUGACCCAGACAGUAGGGAGGGUGAAGAAUAAAUAGCCAGAUGAGACUGCAGAUGUUGCAGGUUUGUAAGCAGAUGUCAGACACUGAGGACAGAACAAGCAAUGUAAAUAGUCAAAUAUUGUGACAAUGAAAAAACACCAGGUCUCUUGUUUGAUCAAUAUUUUUCAGUUUGUUUCUAUCUCUUCCCUCCUGGCUGGCCAUGCAUGCUGGUGUUUGUAAUUAAACUUAUUAAGGCACUACACUAAUACACUAAUAUCAGAGGUAAAAUAUCAUAUAUCAGUUGCUUAUGCCAAGUAUGGAUUCUAUGGCAAGAUCUCCUAUAUUUAUCUCUUUAACACCUGUUAAAACAUGUCAAGCGCUCUGUGCUUUGUGACCUCUUACAGACCAUAAAAAUUCAGGGACCCUUGUCAUUCUUAUUACUUUCCCACACACUUUUUUUUUAUUUUUUUUAACUCUACAAUUGUCGGCCGUAGUCUGGUUUGUAGUCGUGUUGUUAGAUCAUCAUUGCUUUCUGGGAUGCUUUUCACAGCUUCAUACUUAUGAUUAGCACAUGAAAUGUUUCACCCCAUAGUGUGAUAGUAUUCGGAUCUUGCAAGAUGAAAAUCCAUUAAUUAAUGGUGUUUCUUUUGGGAUCCAUCCUUGGUUAAUUGAUCUCCAUGAUACAGCAUUUGAAAUGAUCAUAUAUUGUCCAUUGGCAUGAAGCUGUUCUGUGUAAUUUGGAAAUACAACUAACCACUGAUAGGUCAGAACUCUUUUUAUAAAACGGUUUUUGUUUGGGGGAGGGUGGUUAGAGCUUAUUAAAUAAAACUAUGAAUUGGUAAGUACAAAUCAGUCAGUUUGUUUUGAGGCCAAAACCUAUAAGCUGACAAAUUAAGUAAAUGGAUUUUUUUUUUUUUUUUUAUGUCUGCUAUUUUGAAAAGAAGCCCAGAGAGACUUUGUGUUUAAAUAUAUUUCUGACUUAUUUUUUCCAAAAAUAAAGUCGGAAAAAAAAAUAUUAAAAAUACAUGACCUCUCUGGACUUCCAUAAUUCUGACAUAACAUUUGCAACUCCUUUUUCAGUUUUCCUUGGCUGUUGGUUUAAUGAAGAACUCUGUGUGAGAUGAUAUAUGUAGUAAUGAGUGUGCCUGCAUGGCUGUCAAGAAUUCGAUAGGUAUCACAUUCCAAUGUCAAGCAGCACACUGGUAUGUAGAUUCACAGUAAUCUGUGAGGUCACCAUUAAACAAUGUUUAAGUAAAAGGCCACAUGGCUACCAGGUCAAACUUCUUUCUCAGACUUUGUACUGUUUUACUGCAGGUGUUGGUGUCAUUUUAAAGCAAAAUGGAAACUGACUGGGUUAUGUAUUAAACUGAGAAUUCAAAGUGAAAUUCAAAUUUAAGACUAGAAUAGGUCAACUGAAAGCAUAGUUUUCACAGUUAAGCUAUUUCCACCUUCAAUUUUAAAUUCACUUUGAAUUCUCACUGUAGGUGUGCAGUUCUCUUAAUACUUGGUAUACUUGAUGAUUUUUUUUUUUGUUUUGUUUUUUCUGUCCUUUUUUUUUUUUCUCUCAAUUAGUGGUUACUUUUCCAAUACAGCAAGUACAUUGUAUUCCAUUUUAAAUGCAUGCUUUGAGAAAUUAUGAUGAAGUUUACCAUGUUACACUAUGCUUAUUAAAGAUAUACAGGCACACCCCACUUUAAGUACACUCACGAGUACAGACAUACCUGCGAGUGUACGUAAAGGUGCCUCGCGAGUACAGACAUUCCCGCGUUUCUUCUGUCCGCGAGUGAACAGGAAAUGGAAUGUUCUAUUCUCGCCUGGAGCAGCUCAGUUCAGUGUCUUUGGGGCAAGAACUUUUCACACCUGACUAAAAGCAGAAGUGGUCAUGGUGAUUGAAGUAACACUUUAACCUGGAAGAGUCUUAACAGCGAAACGUGCGUCGGGACGUUCAUAGAGUAUUGAGUUGAUCAAAUAGAUGUGGGUCGACAAGCAUUGAGUCUUUUCUGACAUUAUCAGCUAUACUCUUCAUUUUUAAUUUUAUUUAAAUGUUCUUAUUUCUUAUUUUUUGUUUUAUAUUUCUACUGGACGAUUAUCACCAUCAGAGGGGGGAGGAGGGCACUUAGUAUUUUGCUAAGGGGUGCUCUCGAAGGCACAACAGAGUAGGGAAUUUUCAUUCAUUGCAGGAUAUGAUAGCCAGUCUGUACCUUUACUGAGACAAUAUGUAGCGCUCCUCCGGACUGAAUAGUAUAUAUUAUCAAAUGUAACAGAUAUAGGUUACAUCUGCUAAAUUAAUCUUUCUCUAUGUGUAACAAUUUGUUGCUUUUUCGUUCUAUGUACACACUUCUUAUACAGCUUCUAUAUACAUAUUUUUUCCUUUAUUGGUUAAUAUAGGAUAUUCUUAAUAAUUUUUUAUAUAUAUUUUUUUCAAUCUUUUUUUUUUUUUUGUGUGUGUGUGGAUAUUUUCUUCUGAUAUGCAGUUCAUUUAUGAUCAGAUAUUUUAACUAAUUUAUUAAAAGUGAAGUUUUAUUUGAUUCACUUUGGGAUUACUCCGUGCCAUCAAGGGUUUGCCUUUUAAACGGUUUCCCUAGGUGUUCUCUCCUUGUUCUUACCAUUAACACUUUAACCUGUUUCAUGAGAAUUAUCUGUCUUUAUAAAACAAAACUGUCACAUAUAUAUAUAUAUAUAUAUAUAUAUAUAUAUAUAUAUAUAUAUAUUGCAUUGGAUUUCAUUGAAAUUUGAGGACAAUCAAAAGAUAACCAUAAAACAAAAUAAUGACCACUUUAAAUUAUGUAUGCCUCAGGAAAAAGGCAAAGCUGGAAUAUUUUCUCUUUGACUUUCCACGAGGCAUAGUAAAUGUCUCUGGAAUGAAGAGAACAAUCUGUUUUGAUGAGUUCAUCAGGAUAUCUGACAUUAGAAUAAUAUUUCACCAUAUGGACUGUAUAAAACCUUGACCAUAGAAAAGGUGUGUCUGAUCGAGUCAGUGAAGGAAUGCUUACCUGAUGGCUCACCUGUAAUUAAAUGAAACUGAUCUGUAAUUGAGACAGUAAUUACAUAUAAGCGUUUUUUAAUCAUAGAAAAUGAUAAAGCUAUGCAACUCUCCUAAUUUAUCAACAACAGAUGACUACAAAAGAAGGGACCAGGUACAAAGAUUGAUAUAAACUUUAUUGGAAACACAAUAGCAAAUUUCAGUUCUCACUAGUGCCCUCGGCUGGUAGUGUGCCCACUCCAGUGGCUGUAUUCCCCGUAUUCUGCUAUUGGUUUAGUGAGUGCUGUCUCACAUUUUUUUUAAUCUAUUUAACUGUCUAUAAGCCCUAGAUAAGAUAUGUGUACUUAGCUAUGGAUUUGAGUUUAUCGGUACAUAGUGUACAGUGCUGUUUAUAAUAACUCUUUGCGAUCAGGAGCCCAUUAAAUGAUAAAAGAUAUUAUACUGAAGGUUGCAUUUUGUUAUUUGUCUUAAAUGGAACAAUCCACUUCCAAACUCUACCUAUUUUCUGUGUGUUUUUUUGUUUUUUUCAGACUAGCUAUACUGGUUUAAUUUUCCAUUUGAAAGGAAUGUAAAAUAAGCAAUUUAAAGUGGUUCUGCAGGAGUGACAAAUUAAAAAAAAUAUAUAUAUUUUUUUUUACUGUAUUUCGAUUAAUUUUUUUAUUUUUAAAAAAGAUUUUAUUGUACAACACAAAGCAUCAAUCAGUCAUUACAGCGUAUAAGCGGUAUCAACACUGAGCAACGUGUUCUGUACAUGGUUAUCACCGUAAAUAAGUAAACUAGGUGAGGGACAGGGAUAAUUUGGGGGGUGCACUCAAUUACAGGGUGUAUGUAUAGAGUGGGUUUGCCCUAAAGCCGACUCACAUAAGAGCAGGCCCAGGGUACUGGUCACGUAGUGUUUAAUAAAAUUAAACAUAAAGUAGACAGUAAGGUUCGAAAGUUAAUGAGAUUUCAGUAUUGAAACCGAUAUGUUCUCGAGGUGUCUUGUCAUUGUUACUGAGUUAUAAAGAGGUGCCCUGACUGUGUGUAUAGUCUGUCCAGAUUGCCACUUAGUGGCUUGUUGGGCAUGGGUAUUGGAGUGGUAGGCCAUAAGUUCCUCCAUCUUUUUAAUUUCCUUCACUCUGUUUCUCCAUUCGGUAAUGGAGGGUAUUUGAGGGGAUCUCCAAUGAAGGGGUAUAAAAGAUUUAUCGGCAACAAGAAAGAGUGGGAGACAGGAUUUGUGUAAUUUGACAAAGGGUAUCCUUGUGUGUAAGAGUAGUAUUUCUGCUGGAUUCAAUGUAAGUUGAUAUCCGCUAGCUUCACCGACAAGGCGGAUUACUAUUAUAUUAUGCUGUAUGUAGUUUUUGUGCCUUAUUACAAUUUAACAUAUAUGACAGGGCAUAAGUCGUCAUUUUAAGUGUAAAAACCAAUCUCCCUAGAAAUAGGGGUUGACUAACACGCCAAGCAUAAAGUUCUUGAUACAUGGACGAGAAAAAAUAAGCUCUUGGCUAAAUGUAUUUCUGAUAAAAUAUGGUUUCACCCUUCUCAUUCCUCUUUAUCACUUGUGGGCAGAAGAAGAAUUUGCUUUGGGCGACAGGAGAGAUUACAUUGUCUAUAAUAGCAGAGCAUGUGUGGGCAUCCAGGUAGGGUACAUCUGUUCCCAUAAAGAUGGCAAACCUCUAUUGAUGGCAAAUACCAGGGGAAUAAAUAAAUAAUUCCAGGCACAACGACAUUACACUUUUGCAUUGGGAACCACAGUGGCCAGCUUCAUUUUUUUUGUAUUUUAUUUUUUUUAAAUAUAUUUAUUUAAUGAUGUCUUUUCAUUACAGGUUUUAACAUUGAAAUCCCACCAUGUCAUUGAGGCCACGAGUAGUGGAUUUUGAUGAAACAUGGAACAAGCUUUUAACGACAAUCAAAGCCGUGGUCAUGUUGGAUUACGUUGAAAGGGCAACAUGGAAUGAUAGGUUUUCGUAUCCUUUCCAAGGGGUUGAUAUUGACCAUAAGAAUAAUUUAAAACAUGCUUCCUGUCACUUAUCAUAUCACAGUCUAAAUCUAUCUAUGCUGUCUAACAAUCUAUUUAAUUUUUGUUUUAGUAUCCUGACAUUAGUUAAAGCUUAAAAAUUUAUUUUCCCCUCAAUAAAAUGUGUGUUAAUCCUUGUAUUGUUCAUUGUGGUUAACCGGAAUUUUAUGUUGUUUGUGGUUUGUUUUUGUUUUGUUGUGGUCUAUUCACUAAACAUUGAGCUGUGCUCUGUUUACAACGAUUAAAAUGUUAUUCAAUUCAGAAUGCAUGUGAAAUUUCUCACCUAUUUUAUUUGCUGGAAUUUUCAUCCUUCCUCUGUUACAGUACUGCAGUCCAUGCAUUUAUUAGUAAUAACCUGAAUGUUAACAGAGCUGGACCUGAACUAAGGGAUACCAAUAAGCAUUAUUAGGGAUCAGCUUCCCCUAGCCAGUAGGGUGGAGGUCUGCCAAAUGUAACCAAUUGGAUUAUUCUCUGGUGACAACCAUUACCACUAUCUAUUGCAUGACCACUGACUGUAAAUGUGCCCUAAUUAUUAUUCCAAUGCUAACUUAUUUCUAUAGACAAACAUACUACACUGCCCAUUACGCUAAUACCCUCUGAUAUGCAGUCUCUCUCCUACUUAUGUCAUUUAUUAUUAAAACAUUAAUACAUUCCCUCUAUUUUUCCAUUAUGGUCUUACAUCAUUUUUAUUUAUUUUAUUUCUCCUGCUACUCUCCGUAAGAUUGGUAGUAGAAUGGUGGCACUAUUUGGUUAUUAUUGUGUUUGUUUACUCUACAUUAUGCAAUAUUCAACUCAUUGUGUACUUCAUAAAAAUUCUAUCCAACACAUUUUUUUUAAAAUUUUCAAAUAUCAGCCAAACUUAGUAUGAAAGCCCAUGGCUUGAUAUUUUUGCUGAUUUAAACAAACUUUUUGCCAUUUCAUUGAUACAAGUGUGGCGGUGUUAAAUUCAAUGUAUUUGUUUUUAUUAUGUUGUUUGAAUUUGUGUGAAUUCAGUGCUAUGCUUACAGGUAUAAAUGAGUGUAUAUAUACUCUCCUGGUUGAUUUUUAUACUAUUCUAAUCCUGGAGAGCUGAUAGCGCUUGCUGUUUAACACAUCCUUAACAGACACACAGAGACAUUUAUGCUCUAUGUGUCGCAUAUCCAGAACCGCUGGGUGAGAGACUGUACACAGAGACAAAAAUCUUUCUAGAAAAUCAUGUACAACAGUUGCAUGCGGUAAGUUUUUUUUGUUUUUUGUUUUUUUUUGUUUUUUUUUUAAUAACAUAUGAUGGCAGUUCAAAGAGGGACACUCGUGCUUCAUAUAUCAUCUAGUUUAUAAAGUCAGAACCCUGAGAAUAGCAUGUUCAGGGGAUUUUGUUUUCCAAGUGAUCUUAAAAAUAAUUUAAAAAACAAUGGAAUGUAUCUACAGAUUCCAUUUGUAAUUGUGAUCGCCCCACUUUUAGAACCCUUCCCUUCUUUUCUAUUAGACACCGGCACCCCUUUAAAGGACCACUAUAGCCACCCAGCUCAGUGAAGUGGUCUUGGUGCCAGGUCCCCCAGGUUUUAACCCUGCAGCUGUAAACAUAGCAGUUUCAGAGAAAUGUUUACAUUGCAGGGUUAAUCCAGCUUCUAGUGGCGGUCUUCCUGACAGCUGCUAGAGGGGCUUCUGCGAUGCAUAAUGUGAAAAUCGUAUUGAGCAUGCAGAACUCUGGCCGCGCAUUGGCUCCACUUGGGAGCGGAAGUUGGAGCGGGAGGAGUGGAUUAAGGUAAGUGGCUGAAGCGGUUUUAUCCCAUUCAGCCCAGCGGUAGGGGGGCCCUGAGGGUGGAGGGGACUUAAGGACUAUGUAGUGCCAGGAAAAUGAGUUUGUUUUUCUGGCACUAUAGUGGUCAUUUAAAGGGACACUAUAAGCAGCAGAAACAGCUUUAGCUUAGAUGGCAUACUAUAGGCACCAGAACAAGAUUAGUUUAAUUAAGCAAUUUUGGUAUAUGGAUCAUCCACAAAAGUGGCUUGCAAAAGGUACAUUUUUUUGCAAGCCAGUUUUGUGAAUGGGGAGUCACUGAGUGCCUGAGAGCAUCAGCUUCUUGAAUCUGAAGCCAGAUGCUGCCUGGUGGGGAGUGGAUAUUGCUACUGGAGGCAACAUUGGGGUUAAACCAUUUAACCCCUUGAGGCAAGAGUGCCUCUAGGGGCAUCCUGGCAUCAAAAAAACGUCAUUUAGAUUAAGCUGUUUUGGUGUCUGGAGUGUCCCUUUAACUCCUAAAUGGCAGAUAAUUGACCAGUGAGACUACAGGGGCAGGAGUUAUAAACGAAAACUGAUGCAUUAUGCUAAAGUUGUUUUGGUGUUUAUAGUGUACCAUAUAUUGCUAGUGAAAUAAUCAAACUAGUCUAAACCAUUACAUUUUUGGUGCAUUUAUUACCUGAACUCUGUGAAAUACAUUAUCGCUAAGCAUUAUCAAUAAUCUCGUAAUUAAGUAUUGUUAAUAUUUCCCUAAAAAAAAUAAGUGUUUCUAUUGUCCUCCAGUUAUGUAGUUAAGCUGAUAUUCAUUUAAACCGGGUCUAUCAUUUCUCCGCACAUCACUUGCACUUUUUGUUUACUUCUUUAUGUUUGAAUUUUCUUAGAAAGUCUUGGAGUCGGCAGAGCAGGUGUUGGUAAUGUAUCACAAGUACUGGGAGGAAUACAGCAGAGGGGCUGAUUACAUGGACUGUUUAUACAGGUAAAUGAAACAAACUGACGGAAUAAUGCCUGCGCUAUUUGUUAUCUCGCUUGGAGUAUAUUUUACAUUAUUCAAAUUUUGUGUAGUUAAAGUGUCGCUCUAGGAACCAUAACCACUUCACAAUUGAAGUGGUUAUGGUGCCUAGAGUCCCAUGGCACUGUUCGCUGUUAUAUACCAUUUCACAUUGCAUGAGGUCCUUGGCCACUCAUGACCCUGCCCCCUCAUGGCAUACUCUCAGCCAUUUCUUGCUUGUUCUCUGCUGGAUUGAACUGGGAUAAAAGCCAUGACCCAGCACCAAAUCAUACCGGAGAGAGAGCGAGAACUGACUAAUGCUCAGUUCUCACUCUUAAUCCUUUAAACUACCCGGGAUGAGACCCCUCUUUGCAGGAAAAGGUAAGGAACAGAAGGGGACUUAUAUGCAAUAUAUAAUUAUUAAAAUGGAUGGGUUAAAAUUAAGAAAGGGACUAAAAUAUUAGGGGCUUUGAAUGAUAGGGGCCGGUAUGUAGGACAAGAGAUCUUAGAAGACACAGAAGGAGAUUGACAAAGGGGCUCUGAAAUGGAUGUAGACAGACUGAAUGUGGGACUGAGAGAGACAUAUUUUGAAGAUGAGGUUAAGACAGGGAGACAGACAUUGGUAGUGAGGCUGAGAGACAAACCUAGCUGGACACAAGGAGAGGGAGACAGAUGAAGGAGGGCUUGGAGACAGACAAAGAAGAACUUACAUAAACAGUGACAUAUUCUUUGGAGACAGAGAUAAAUGGGAAACAUAGAUGGCUAUAGAUAAAGGGUUGAAUAUGAGAACGAUAAAAGCGGUAACGGAGGGGCAUAAACCAGGAAUAUGGGGUAAAAUACCGAUUGGUGCAGAGAAACGUAGAACAGAUAUAUAAGAUGUGGGGAAACAAACUUUACACAGAGAGAUGGAUUGAAAAACCAAAAACAGCAGUUGAGAUACAACAGAUAGAGAAUUGGUGAAAAGAUGGUAAAAUAUAUAUGUACUUCUCACACUCAAAUUUUGAAACUUUCGGUUCUCCAUUCAUACUGUGAUCAGAUAGAUUCAGCCAAAUAAUAAAUGUGUUUAAGAUCCUGCUUAGCAUAUCUUUUUACCAUGUACUUGUUAUGAUUGACAUGUUAGGAGGUGCAUUCUUGCUAAUUACCCAUAAUGUUAUUAAUUAUGGGGGGGGGAAAUGACUGCCGAAUAGCAAUGAAAUGCAGCACAUAAAAACAAAUGAAACGUUUCACUUAUUACUACUUCUAGGUAUCUCAACACGCAGUUCAUUAAAAAGAAUAAGCUUACAGAGGCUGACCUGCAGUAUGGCUAUGGGGGAGUGGAUAUGAAUGAGCCGCUGAUGGAAAUAGGUGAAGUAAGUAACUCUAAACCAGUCCAGCAUUCCGUCAUGUGUUUGACAUACUUUACUCCUCUGAUCCAAAUAAUUUCAUGCCGUUAAUUAGACCCUGUCACCCAAACAGAAUUAUAACCAACUACCUGCAUGCUCAUCCUUAAUAUUGUCCUAUUAUAUGUAGCUAAAGUUACAAAUAAGACUAUAGUGAGCCCUCUUUCCUGGUUAAUUCAUCUUUCUUAAACAAAAAAAAUCUUAUUUAUCUACAGUAGGAAAAAUCAUAUUAAUGGGACACUCCAGGCUGUACUUUGGUCAUUUUUAGUGCAUUAUCUAGAAUGUGCAUAAUUAAUAAUAAUAUAAAAAUAGAUACUCUCAUUUGAAGUCGCUGUUUUUGCUGCAUAUCAUAUGUGACUUAUUGCCAAACCAGACAAUGUCUAAUGCUGUAUCAAUGCUGAACUUAAACAAGACUAUAUGGGCACAGCAAGCAUUUCAGGAGUCAUAGUUUCCUCUAAAAAGCCAACAGCUAAGCUGCAACUCCCAGAAACCCAAGGCAUUACAUGUACAGUGGGAUAUUAGAACAUUGAAACACUGUGGUUACCAGGGCCAGCAAGUUGCUAAUGUUGUGGUGUUUUGUUGUUUUGUUUUGUUUUUUUUGGAGAGGGGGAAGAGUAGGAAUUUGUCCCCCUAACCCUUUUUUUUUUUACCUUAGCUGGUACCUUGUACACUUUUACAUUCUGCCUGAAUUUGAUGCUCGGCUUCAUCAUUUCUAACAAAUGCCUGUAUGUUUUUAAAUGGAUACAGAUUUUGGGCAGCAAUGCUUUGUAUUUGUUUACAAUGCACAUUACACUGUCAUUUAUUGCAGUUAGCACUUGAUUUGUGGAGGAAGUUGAUGAUUGAACCUCUUCAGGGGACCCUCCUUAGAAUGCUUCUUAAAGAGAUUAAAAGGUAAGUAAAUAUGUGUGUUGAAUUCAGGUUACGAUUUCCAGUAGCUCACUAAACUUAGAGAUUUGAUAUGUACGAUGGCGUUGGCUUAUGUUAUUUUACAAGGGCUGAACCGAACGAAAACAUGCAGCUCCACUCUUUACUCCAAUAAAGUCCACAAACUAUAUUUACAGAAUUUAUCAAAUUAUUGGAUUUUUAUCAUUUCAUAUUUUUACACAUUCAGUGGCUUUAUUUGCUGCCGCUGGAUGGUAUAGGAUAAUACUGUCCCCAAAACCGCCUAAAUUCAUUGUACAUUGUCCUGCUAACUCAAUAAAUAUUGGAGACUGGGGCCAUAAAAGCAUGCACGGUGCUUUGUGCAGUUUGAUAUUUAGUUUAGUUUAGUUUGGCCAUUCUCCAUAUCAUUAAUAGCCACCACCAGUCUCUAGCAUUGACAGAAUGCAGGACAAAUUCACAGAAAAUGUGUCAGACAAGGCGGCAUUCUUUUAACAUGCGGCCUGUUCUCAUGUUAAUUCUCCCUGUAAAUUUUAUUUAUUUAGUGAUCGUUGUGGGGAAGAUCCAAAUCAGAAAGUAAUCCACGGGGUUAUUAACUCCUUUGUUCAUGUUGAACAGUAUAAGAAAAAAUUUCCCUUAAAGGUACGUGGUUGAUGCGAGUGAAACAAUUCAUAAAAUUGCUUUUUUUAAAAAAAAAAUUAUUUAUUUAUUUUUAAUUCCUAUUUUUAGAGUGUAUUAAUUUGAGUGUGCCAGGUUAUUCAUGCGUCAUUUUUUUUUUUUUUUUUAAUAUAAUUUAGUUUUAUCAAGAAAUUUUUGAGUGGCCUUUUCUGGCUGAAACUGGGGAGUAUUACAAACAAGAAGCUUCAAAUUUAUUACAAGAAUCAAACUGCUCACAGUACAUGGAAAAGGUAGGCUGGAUAACUGGCGCUGGGUCUUGGAAAGUAAUGGCACCUGUUAAUAUGUUGCUAAAUUCUGUAUCAUGUAUUUUAAGUAGCAUUUUUUUCCUCCUAAUUAUUUUUAAGCAAUUUUCACCAAGAAUAACUGUUGAUAAAGUUUAUACAUUCAAAACAAAAUACCAUGAAAAAUUUUAUAAAAACAAAACCGGGCACGUGGGGAAAUUGUUGUGGGUGUUUCAUACAUGCGCAGGCUGAUUGUCAUCAGCAGGGUUUUUGUGUUACGUGUAGAAAAUAUUCCCUAACAAAUCUAUAAACAGGCUCUGGUACUCCUGUGAUGCUAACGAAAAUCAAAUCUACUCUACAUUAGGCAGUUUUCAAAAUAGAAUUGUUUUAACCAGCUAUGUUCGUUUCUUAGCAAUUCAUUAUCAACAUUUACCAAUACAUGUUGAAAAAUAUAGUCUGCAAAGAUUUGUUACCCUGAUUUUUGUUUUACUGAGAAAGCAAGGAUAUCAACAAAUUGUUGAACCCAUGAUAUCCAUUGCUGUUUAUUUUAAUCAAUAUCUUUUUUAUUUUUUUAUUUAUUUAUUUCAUUUACAUUUCACUUUCACACUUUUUUCUAAAACAUGUACUUUUUAUUUGAUCUUGUGGUCUAUUACAAUGAAGUCCGUGUUCAUGUGUCUCUCGACUUUAUGAGUUCAAACUGUGGAUAUCUGAACACGAGCCGUUAAUUCUCAUUAUGGUACCAGAAGGGAAGAAAUACACACAAAUGAUUUACAUGACAAGUAGUCCGUUUUAUGUGCUUGGCUCAAAAAUUCCCUUUCAGUAUUGCACAUAAUCAGCGUGUCUAGCUGAAACCCCAUAUUACUUGCAGAGCAUAAACUUUUUGUUGUCUUGUCUAUUUAUAAGGAAGUCCUAUUGAUUUUUUUUUUUCAGUUGUAAUGUAACCAAUAUUUGUGAUAACACAUUGAAUGACCAUUAUCUUGAAACAAAGCAAUACUUACCCCUUACUUCAGGUUUCAUAUCCAGUAGUUUGAAACUUAACACAAGAACACCACCAAGAUCAUUUACAUUAAAUAUUAGAACAUGAUAUUUAUGUGUUGAUUAAAAAGAUUAUAAAUAUUUGUAUAACAUUUAAAAAAAAAAUGAAAAUAUUGAAGAGCAUCCUAGACCUAUUAGACCAAAUCUAAAUAAAAUUAUGAGGUUUUCUUAAUUAAAGGGGAAAGCUAAGUAAGCACCACAAACGCUGUCCUAUAGACAGGCCCUUCACUCCGCAUAUUGCUAUUUGGGAAGUUACAAGUCUGCAUUUGCAACAUCUUUUUUUCUAGAUUUGGAUGGGGUGUGUAUUGACUGAGCAUGUAACAUAUAUUUAUGAAAUAUAGAGGAUAAGUCAGUAUUGUAUGCAAAUCCCAGGUAACAACGUUUUCCUUUAAAGGGACACUCCACUGCCCAUAGAAAACAUUAUUACAGAUCACCAUUUAGAGGAUAUACCCCCAGUGAAACAUUUAAUUUAUAAAAGUGACAAUUUCUAUUAAAACCUGCACUUUUUGUAACAAGGAUAAAGAGAACACACUUUUCACAUAUAAAGUACUUCAACAUUCUAAAGUGCUUUUUAGUUGUUUGAUUUGCCAUAUUCACAGUAACUUAAAACCUGCUUUAAUACAAUACAGUGAUAAAUGGUAAUGUCAAAGUGACACUUGUUUAUCUACAUGCAUGCACCAUUAAUGUUAGUUCAUGUAUGAUUUGAAGAGAAUGUUUGGGAUAUUACGGUCACUGCCAUCUUCUUCAGCUCUUGGUGAUUCAGCUGCCAGGAGCCAACCUCAGCAUUGUACUCUUGCGCAUGUUCAGUAGUACAACACUGAGGUCUAUGAAGGGUCUCAACGGAUACUUGAAAAAGCCUUUUUCAACUGUGAUGUCUGAGGACUUGACAAGUACUAACAGAAGGUAGCUCUGCCUUUUAUCAAGUGUAGUUAAAAUUCUAAGACAAAGUCCCUACUUAGCCCCGGUAUAUCUGUUAACUGCUUUGGAAUUUCAGUCAAACAGAACAGCUUGAAGUCUACAUAUAAAUUGGCUGUGAAUGACCAUUUCCAAAUCAUUUAUUCGCUUCUUUGACUUUUUUAUUUUAUUUAAUGUUUAGAUUUUAGGUAGAUUAAAAGAUGAAGAGAUUCGGUGUCGAAAGUAUUUAAACCCUAAUUCCUAUACUAAAGUGAUUCACGAAUGCCAACAGCGAAUGGUGGCUGACCACCUGCAGUUUCUGCACGCAGAAUGUCACAAUAUCAUCCGACAAGAAAGGAGAAAUGGUAAGCAAAAUGUGUUUUGAUACCUGUCACCUGAACCCAUCAUGGGUACAUUUAUUAUCUAAAAGCUUCUUUUUAUUUAUAUAUUUUUCUGUUUAUCAAGUUUUGACAUAAUUAGAAAAGAGUUGCAAAAUGGAAUUGAGGCUCUAUCUAGCAAAUACUGUAACAAACUGUACAUACUGUGAAUUCCGAUUGGAGCAGUACACAUUGAGGAAGUGGCACAUGUUGAGCAUUAAAUGGAGCAUAUGGUUUAAAGCCAACCCAUGCUGACAUUCAAUGAUCUAGGGUUUCAUAUUAUGACCAUUGACACAGAAUUGGGUCAUCCCUAGACCGUAGACUUUCUGCCUUAAAUUUUGCAAUUUUUUUACUUCUAUGUUGCAAACUGGUCAAACUAUAUGUCGUAUUGUGCUAUCCCAAAGUAUUCAAGUAUCCAUAUACCAAGUGACAAAGUUGUGGUCUUAGAAUAGUGCAGUCUUUUGGCUAACCAGAUACAUCUAUUUUUCACUUGAGAUGGGUGUUUUUAAGAAUCCUUGAAAUAUUUAAAUCUGUUAUUAUUUAUUCAUUUGUAAAUUAUUGGUAAUUCACCUAGGAUUUUUCAAUUGUUUGCCAAAAUAGCUGAAUUGGGAAAAGUCUCCAACUCCAUUGGUGCCGUUGGGGUGUCAUUAUCAAACGUUCCAGACUGACAAAUGUAAAUUCUGUGCUAAUUUUUUUUGCACAGUGUGCCAUUCAUUGGCUGAGAGUGGUCAGCGACUGGGAACGGCUUCUGCAGAAAUUGGAAGCAUGUAAACAGAAGAGCCAGCCUUGGAGCCUGGUGGGAACCCCAAUAAGGAGGCAAAGCAGUACUAGUCAGUUGGCCCCACUACCAGGGAACCGGCCGAGGAUACUGCUGGCAUCAUAAUCUCUACAGCCGACUAUAGUGGUUAUGAUGCCGGAAGUAACCUCAUUUUGACCUACAAUUUAAAAUCUCCUACUGAACAUCUGAUAAUUCUGUGUUUGUUCACUAAGGUUGUGGGUUAGUGUGUGGACUGAUUUAUAAAGUAGUAACUAGAAAUCAUUACAUUAAAAUGGUAUGCACUGAAUAGUAAAUUAUGGUGAAUCAAAAACCAGAUUUUUCUAAAUGUGGGCCAAAAUGGCUACGUUGGGAAAAAUUCUGUUUUUCUUGUUUAAUGAUUUUUUACCUAAAUUUUUAAAUCCCAUUUUCAGUUUACUGUUUUUCACGGUUUGUUUAAUAAUAACUUCAGUGAAAGUUAAGGGCUGAAUUUUUGUUGUUAGAAUUGAGGAAUAGUAUGGGAAUUCAUUAAAAUGCAAUUGAUUUCAUGCAGUGUUUCCUAAUUGCAGACAUGGCCAAUAUGUACACCCUUCUUCGUUCUGUAUCAAAUGGUUUACAUCAUAUGAUUCAAGAGCUUCAAUAUCAUAUCCACGAUGAAGGCCUUAGAGCAGUUAGUAAUCUUUCUCAGGAAAACGUGAGUAUUUUCUACAUAUCCUUAUCGGGUGUGUUUCUCAACAAGCUAAGUUGGAAAGAGUCUGAGCCGUGAUAAAUACAUUAGUCUUGGCAAAAUCUAUGUUGGGUGUUUUUGUUUUGGGAUUUGUUUUUUGUUUAUGUGCUGUUUAGUUUCCCUAUUACAUUUAUAUGAAAGAUUUAGCAAAUUAUAUCCUAAUCCAGUUGCAUCCGGGGCACACCUUGCAAAUUAGGAGCAAAACUGUAUUCUUUAUUAUACUGACUGCCAGGUUCAAAGGGCUCAACUUAUAACAUUGACUGGAGGGGAUUUCUAAAUUUUUUUUUUUUCACGCAUUACAAAUUCAAAUUUGUGAAAUGAAAAGUGAUACCUAAAAUCCCAAAAAGCAAUAGUUCUCUUUUAAAUGAAUAGCUCAGUAUAGAGCAAAUUCAUAAUAAAAUGAGAAAAAAAACAAGUAACAAGUCCAUAAGUUAUAAUCCUUUAUGAAUGCUACUGAUAUCGGCUAGAGGCUCUUAGCCAAUCCCGGUCAUCCUAUAGCUUUCUAUUUAUUUCUGAUUAUUACAAAGUGUAAAAUGUGUCCUCACUCCUAAAAGCUUGUGGUCUCUUUUGUUGAUUAUUUUGCUAUUCCAGUGAUAGCUAAUCUUGACACUCCAGACAAUUGCUUGCUAUAGUUCCGAUAAUAAUCAUCCUGCAUUUUGCAAGUGUGACGGGACAUGGGGUUCACAAGCCUGUUAUGGUUACCCGUUACUGCUGGAUGUUCAUACCCAGAGAAUCUCAUUUUUUAUUCCUCUUACUAUUUUUCCAACUCUCUCCCUUCUUCAUGUGCCAGUAAAAUGCAAAAAGAUGGAUAAGGGUAAACCUGGGUUUUAUUUCUUAUCAAGCUGAUGGCUGAUUUUCCAUUGUUCAAUGCAUUUUGUGUUAUGGCUGCAUUUCAUGUACUAAUAAACUUCUGUCAUUUCAGAUGCCCACUCAGUUUGUGGAGUCUGUCUUGGAAGUCCAUAGUAAAUUUGUUCAGCUUGUCAACACUGUUUUGAAUGGAGAUCAACAAUGUAUGAGUGCACUAGACAAGGUAUUGCAAGUGAAUCAGUGCACGUUUCAAAUUACAUGCAAACACACACUUCAUUCUUGCCUGUGAAACAUAGAAAUACACUAUGAGAGCCACUUUGCAUUUAAGCCAAUGCCAGAAUCCACGUGGACAGCAGAUGUUGGCGUUAAUAAAUUCAGUAAACCGUAAAUACAUGGAAGAUUAGCUAUAAUAUGCAGGUUAAACAAUUCAACACGUAAACGCAAAAUGGAGGGGAAAGAAAAAAGGUUAACAAACCUUUUUGACCAAUUUUACUCUGAGGUCUUCGUCUGCCAGUUGAAUAUUUAAUACAUAUUUUUUUAUUUUUAAUUAGGCUAUUUAUACCAUGUUGGUCAUUCUAAAUUGAAACACUGAUGUCAUGAUUAUCCUCUAUUAACGUAUUAUUUUGUGUACACAGGCUCUUACAUGUGUUGUAAACUACAGAGAACCUAAAUCCGUCUGCAAAGCGCCAGAAUUGGUGGGUACAUAUAAAAUUAUCAUGCUAAGUAUCUUUUUUAAUUUUUUUUUAUAUAUAUAUUUUUCCAGUACUAUUUAUUGUUUUAGUUAAAUAUUAACUGUAAUAUAAGGUAGUUGUGUAACCUAUUUUCGCGUAGUAUGCAUUUUGAAACCCCAAAUUCCUAGCUGUGUUGUAAAUGUUGUUGUACACUUCUAAUUUGUAAUCCGUUCUCUCUAUAUUACAGUAUAAUAUUAUAGUAUUAGAAUAUUAUAGUACAACUCCUGGCAUGGGUAUAUUCUAUCUAUUAGUAGUUAAUGACAAUAAAAGGGGACAGAUGUCUGAUAAUUCAAAAAAACAGCCUUGUCCAGGAUAAAUAAAAUUUCCAACUUUAAACCUUACUCGUUUGCCGAACGUUCAUACAGACACCAUUUGUCAACAGUUUAGCCCCUCACCUGCCUUUUUGGCAUUUUACUUUACAUUUGAAGCAAACCAAAUUUGGCAACGUGUAACAUUAUAUUAUUUUAUAUAUAUUAAUUGAUUUAUUUUACAAACCUGUAGAAUUCCUAGUAUGACCUCUACCAGCUAAAUGAUUGCUUGUUCCAAAUAGUUUAACGCUCCCAGGCAGAAGGUUAUACUCUCUGUUUUCCAUAAGAAUAUGUUUAAGUUGUAUGUAUUGCAGAAUUUGGCUUUUAGGAUUUUGUUUAUCUUUUUUUAAUCCCUGCAGCUGGCCAAGUACUGUGACAACAUGCUGAAAAAAUCAGCCAAGGGAAUGACUGAGAGUGAGGUGGAAGACAAGUUAACAAGUUUUAUUACUGUUUUCAAGUAUAUCGAUGACAAAGAUGUUUUCCAGAAGGUAUGUUUCAAAUUAGGAGAAUGGCCUGACUAUUUAUUGUAUGAUCAUUUCAGUUUUGCACGAUAAACUAAAAAUACAAAAUCCACCUCUAAUUUGUUUUCUACACAUGAACACAAGUGUAAUACUUUUGUCACCAUGGGAUUUGGGAAGGCCUAGAUUUAAAAAAAAAAGAUAUGGGGGUAGUUUGUUUCUUGAUUUAAACAAAGUAAAUGGCGAACUCUUCUUUUCACAUCAUCUAUUAACCAUAUGUUCUUUUACAGUAUUAAUUUUUUUGACAUAUGUCUCUAAUGUUCCUGCAUAAAGGAAACACCAUAGCGUUCUUUAGAUUCAUGACUCUUCGAAAUGUAAUUUUAAAAGGAAUUUAGUUUUACCCUUUUUCCACUACCAAGACUCUCACUCACUCCAGUCGCCCGAUCUACCUCCCUUGACUUUUUCUUGCAGGCUGUCUCCUCUUUGUCUUCUAAAUAAUCAAAUGAUAAACAUUAGAGGACUGUCAACGUCCUCAUGAAAUGCGUGAGGACACAAAAGAAAUUCUGACUGUUAUAGCAGCGGAAGCACCCUCUAGUGGCCGAUAGUGUGUGGUUAGCACUGCAGUGAAAACGGCAAUGUUUUACAUGGCAGGGCGACUGCACCCAGACCACUUCAUUGAGAUGAAGUGGUCUGGGUGCCUAUAGUGGUCCUUACUAUUAAUCGUGUGCUAAUUUAAAGGACCACUCUAGGCACCCAGACCACUUCAGCUUAAUGAAGUGGUCUGGGUGCCUGGUCCAGCUAGGGUUAACCCAUUUUUUCAGAGAAACUGCUAUGUUUAUGAAUGGGUUAAGCCUUCCCCCUAAUCCUCUAGUGGCUGUCUCAUUGACUGCCACUAGAGGCGCUUGCGUGCUUCUCACUGUGAUUUUCACAGUGAGAGCACGCCAGCGUCCAUAGGAAAGCAUUAUGAAUGCUUUCCUAUGUGACCGGCUGAAUGUGCGCGCAGCUCUUGCCGCGCGUGCGCUUUCAGCCCAGGAGGAGGAACGGAGGAGGAGAGAAGGAGGAGAGCUCCCCGCCCAGCGCUGGAAAAAGGUAAGUUUAACCCCUUUUCCCCUUUCCAGAGCCGGGCGGGAGGGGGUCCCUGAGGGUGGGGGCACCCUCAGGGCACUAUAGUGCCAGGAAAACGAGUAUGUUUUCCUGGCACUAUAGUGGUCCUUUAACUACUCUGUUUUCCAAUACACUGGAGAUCUAAGACUUGUAAGGCUAAUGCAACGUCUUUGUUUUCAGUUCUAGUUCAUUUGAGUACAUCGUUGAUACUUUGUGGAUGUUAUUACAUAUCUUCUUUAAUGCAUUUCUCUCUGUGUUGCGUAGUCUGUGCAAAUUUUACAUUAUUAUAAUGUCUAAAUCAGCUUUUUAUGAUGGUGGCUGACUUUGGUCAUUUGAGAUAGUACAACUUUCAGUUCCCAUUCAAAUAAAUACUCCCCCUUAAACUUCAGAUAGACAAACACAAAUUCCUUUGGAAACAAAGAACAUAGUUUUUAUGGACUACAUGCAAACUAGAUAUUUAAAAGUAAAUAUUCUAGCAGUGACUGUAAUAAAUAAAAUCUAGUCAUUAGGAGAUGAGUUUAAAAUGAAGCUUCCUGUGAUGUUCUAACUGCUCUUAGAUUCUUUGCUUGUUAAAAAAAAAAACUGCUAACUCUCCAUCACAUUCAUCUUGUUUUUGUAGUUCUACGCUAGAAUGCUGGCAAAGCGAUUAAUUCAUGGUUUAUCCAUGUCAAUGGAUUCGGAAGAAACCAUGAUCAACAAACUAAAGGUACUGUGGCAUAAUCCAUGACAUAUCCUGACAUUUAAUCUGUGCAUACUACGAAGUGAUAGGUAGAUGGUAUUUAGUUAAUGACAAAAAAAAAGUUUGUGUUAUUUUUCUUCUCUUUAACAGCAAGCCUGCGGGUAUGAGUUCACCAGCAAGCUGCAUCGAAUGUAUACCGACAUGAGCGUCAGUGCCGAUCUCAACAAUAAGUUUAACAAUUUCAUCAAAACCCAAGAAACCAUGGUAGACCUGGGUAUUAGCUUUCAGAUCUAUGUAUUGCAGGUGAGCUUCACAUGCUACACAGCGUUUAUUAUAUGUGCGCAGUCUCCAUAUAAUACAAUGUGUUGUACCUCUUGUAGGUCUCCACAUCAUGCCCACCACAACAUUGUUUUACCUUUUCUUCUUUCAUAGUUCUUUCACAAGAUAUACGUACUGUUACUGUAUUUUGUCUUGUAUGGAAAUAUGCAAAGUAUAUUUGAGAUGCUGAAAUGUGUAUUCCAAUCUUAAAACUUAGAUUUGUGUGGAGUAAGCAUUUAUGUUUGCUUGGAUAGGGAGGGUAUGUGUAGUGAUAGAUGGAUAAAUAGAGGGAUAUAAAAAUAAAGUGUGUGUGUCUGUGUUUUUUUUUGUUUUUGGGAAGGAAUUUUGCCUUGGCGCCUGGGAUAUGUGAGCCAGUUACGUCCUAGGUGGACAACAAGCUGGGGGAUUGUGGAGUCAUGAUGUGUGUGUUUUAGGUGACCAGACCCCUUCCGUUUGCAAGGGAAUGAUUCUUUUACUUACCUUUUUUUUCCCCUACACCGUGCUGGUCUCCCCUCGCCUGGCACUGCCUCUAUGGCUGUCAAGCUUGAUGAUCUCAGCCAAUCCAAUGUUUUCCCAUAGGAUUGGCUGCAAAACGCUGCACUAAUCAGCAUCUCCUAAUAGAGAUACAUUGAAUCAAUCCAUCUCUAUGGGGAACGUUCAGCGCCUCCAUGCAGAGCGUGGAGACAUUGAAUGUAGAUGCUGCACUGGCACAGGAAGCACCUCUAGUGACUGUCACUAGCGGUGUCACUAGGAAGCAAUGUAAACACUGCAUUUUCUCUGAAAAAGCAGUGUUUACAUUGAAAAGCCUGCAGGGAUAGGCUAUAGACACCAGAACCAUUACAUUAAGCUGUAGUGAUCCUGGUGACUAUAGCGUCCCUUUAAGAAUUUUAUUUUUGUCGUUGAAUAAAAAGUUUUGUAUGUUAAAAAAAUAAAAUAAAUAAAUAAUCUGGCUCCUAGAUUCAAAGCAAAUUUGUCAAACCCUGAUCUAGCCCCCCUGCCUGCCCCUCCCCCAUCUAGUACCCCCCCUAAAUAUAGUAAAUUCUUACCUCAAUUCCAGUUUGCUGGUGCUGGCUCUGCCACUGAUCUUCCUCAUCGGCUGACAUCAUCAGAAGUGGUGAUAUCAGCCAAUCAAAAUGGUUUACCAUAGGAAAGCAUUGUAUGGGCUGAGAUUAUCAAGGAGGCAGAUCAGGGGCAGAACCAGUACAAGCCACUCACAGCCCUGGUCAAUCAGCAUCUCCUCAUAGAGAUUAAUUAAAUCAAUGUAUUUCUAUGAGGGAAGUUCAGUGUCUCCAUGCAGAGGGUGCAGCGCUGUCCCAGAAACCACCUAUAGUAGCGAUCUGAGGCAGUAAUGUAAACACUGCCUUUUCUACUCUCCAGAACAAAUACAAUAAGAUGUAGUUGUUCUGGUGACUAGUGUCCCUGUAAAGGGAUACUCCAGACCCAUAAAGCAUUUUAGCUUGCUGAAAAUCUUUGUGUGUGUCCUCUUUUUUUCAUUUUGGAAAUAGUGCAGAUUUCAAUAGAAAUUUAAAUUUUUAUAAAUUAACCUGGUUACACCGCUCUGGCUUUUCAAGCAGACAACAGAUAAUGUUACUUCCUGGUUUAGUUAGCUGAUUUGCACUGAACUUGAGGCUGCCCAGUGCAAAGACUUCUCAUUGAACUGCAUUGGGAAGUCUGUGAUUGGACAGCCACAGCUAGUCUGGGUGGGGUUAUGAUGAUAAAAUGCCUUAUUAAAUGCAUGCACAUUUUAAUUUGGGGCUCAUCUACUAAAAGUGCUUUUUAUUUAUUUUGUAUUUGGGCAGUGGAGCGUCCCUUUAAUAAAAAAAACCUUUGUUUCAACAACAGAGUUUUGUUGUUCCUAAAUGAAGCAGUACGGUAUUUUGGAUUACUGUGGUAUGGAAUAUCAUUUUGGUACACAUGUAGAAUCAUUUUUUGUGUGUGGGUGACUCUAGCUCUGUAGCAUACUUUUAGGAAGUCAAUUCUUUUACUGAUCUACCUUCUCUGUGAACGGACACCUUCAUGAUUAUCACUUUGCUGGCAGACUUGUCAGUGUGGUAGAUUGCACAUUGCUUGCCACUACUGCAGGAAGCUUCAGAGGAUAUAUGCAGUCUGUGUGUGUUACAGCAAAGAAUGUUGUGAAUGCAUCCACAGAGGGACGAGGGAGAGUCACAGUGCUUCCAAAUAGUAAAACAUUUUAUUUUAACUUCCGUCAACGAGUCUAAAAGACAUUGUGUCUCCACUGUGUUAUUACUGAUGUUAUUGGAGCUGUGAAUAUUUACAUGUUUACUGUACACGAGGUAUCCUUCUAAGAGUGUCUGGAAGUUUUGCGUUCUUUUUCAAUAAUAACUUUAUAUAAAAUUAAAAAACAGGUGCUAUUAAAGGACAAAGUUCUAAAUAUGGAGCAAUCAAUAUUUAGAACUACCCACCCAGAAUAGCACCUGUUUUGCCUUGAUAAAACCUCCCCCAUAUAUUAGCAAGUAGAGAACUUUUACUUUUCAAAUGCCGAGGUAUAAUUUGUUUGUGUAUCCCUCUCAUCCAUCCUCCCCCCAUUUUUCAUUACAUACAUUUGAGCGUCAGAUGGUUAUGUAACAGCCCCCCUUAAAUGGUUUUCAUAUGUUAAGGUAAAUCCUCUCCAGCUGUGGUUUUUGUCUAUAAAUUAGGGAUCGACCGAUAUUGAUUUUUUAGCGCCGAUACCGAUAUUCUGUGAACUUUCAGGCCGAUAGCCGAUAUAAUUUGCCGAUAUUCUGUACAUUUACCAUUUUGGAAAAUAAAAACUAUUUCUAAAGGUAAAUGCACAAAAUAUACAUGCCACAUGUAGUGGAUGCAGUGUGACAGGGGAGCUGUGUGUGUUUGUGUAGUGUGUGUGUAGUGGAUGCAGCGUGUGUUUGUGUAGUGUGUGUUGAGGAUGCAAUGUGUUUGUGUAGUGGAUGCAGUGUGUAUUUGUCGAGUGUGUGUAGUGGAUGCAGUGUGUAUUAGUGUAGUGUGUAUAUUAUGAAAGCUGUGUUUGUGUAGUGUGUGGGUAGUGUGCAUAAAGUGAAUGCUGUAUAUAGUAAAUGCAAAGUGUGUAUUUGUGUAGUGUGUGUGUAUAGUGAAUGUAGUGUGUUUAUAUAAUGCAGAGUGUGUGUGUUUGUAUACUGUGUGUAUAUAAUGCAGUGUGUUUGUGUAGUGUGCAUUAUAUAAACACACUACACAAACACACUGCAUUAUAUACACAAACUAUGCAAACACACUGCAUUAUAUACACACUCUACACACACUGCAUUAUAUACACACACAGCAUUAUAUAAACACACUACACAAACACACUGCAUUAUCACUACACUACAGUGUGUUUGUGUAGUGUGUGUAUAUAAUGCAGUGUUUGUGUGGUGUGUGUAUAUAAUACAGUGUGUGUGUGUAGUGUGUGUAUAUAAUGCAGUGCAUUUGUAUAGUGUGUGUAUAUAAUGCAGUGUGUAUUUGUGUGCAUUGUAUACACACACACUGCAUUAUAUACACACUACACAAACACACUGCAUUAUAUACAGUGUGUUUGUGUAGUGUGUGUAUAUAAUGCAGUGUGUGUAUAUAAUGCAGUGUGUGUUUGUAUAGUGUGUGUAUAUAAUGCAGUGUGUGUAUUUGUGUGCAUUGUAUACACACACACACACACUAUACACACACUGCAUUAUAUACACAGUGUGUUUGUGUAGUGUAUGUGUAUAUAAUGGAGUGUGUGUGAGGGGGCAUUUUUUUUAUUAAAUUAUUAUUUUUUAGAUUUAAUUUUUUUGUUGUUGUCCCCCCUCCCUGCUUGUUACCUGGCCAGGGAGGGGGGAUAUGACAGUCCCUGGUGGUCCAGUGGCAUUGGCUGAGCUGGGGGGGGGGGGCAGAGCAAGCACUUACCUCCCAGCAGCUCCCCAGUGCAACUCUUGCGGCCAGCGUGUCGCGCUGACGGUCGCGGGUCUCGCUAGAGUUACACUGGGAAGCUGGAGGUCCCCCCAGGACCGCCGGGCUUGUAAUGAGCCUGGCGGUCCUAGGAGGUAUUAUCGGCAAUAUCGGUAUCUGAAUUGCCGAAAAUACCGAAUAUCGGCCGAUUAUAUCGGUAAAACCGAUAAUCGGUCGAUCCCUACUAUAAAUUAUGUAAUUCCAUUGCCAAUCCUUUAAAAUUCCCAGUUGGCAUCUUUACUUCCUUCUUACAUUUUACUUUCCCAGACAAACCCAUCUUUUCAAGCAUAUUUUCCCGGUAUAAAGAAUUGUUUGAAAAGCAAUCUGUUAUUUUCACAGCAAUAUAAUUUGAAUAUCUCCCUCCACAUGUCGGGUUAAGCAUCCCAUCUAGCUGUGAAUAAAAGUAUGAGUGAGUUUGCUUUCUGGAGAUAUAAUUUAUUGUGUUUGCCUUGCAGGCAGGUGCUUGGCCUCUGACUCAGGCACCAUCUUCUACUUUUGCCAUCCCUCAGGAACUGGAGAAAAGCGUGCAAAUGGUAAGCUGGAGGUUAUGCUGGCUUCAAAAUAUAUCUUUUAAAAAUCAGGUGUAGAUUGAAGGUGUUUGAUAAAUGAUCUGGCUUUCUGAGGAUAAUGGCAUUUCUUAUUCAUCAGCCUUUUUGUAUGUAACACCUGGUAGGCUAGAAUGGGUAAAGUAUUACAGAAUUGAAAUCUGUUAAGAGAUGCACAUGGUAGGGGAAUAUUCACCAAUACAAUAAGUCAUCAUGAUAGGGUUAACUAGCACUGAGAUCGCUUGGGAAUAAUACCCAAAUAAUGUAUCAAUUUGUUCAAAAAUAAGACAUACGCAGCAAAGGGGUUAAAAAUAUAAACAACUCCCGUCUACUUGCUGUGUUUUAUUUUCUCACACAUUAUGGUGUGAUAGAAUAAGGGGGUCAUUAAACUAAACCCUCCUGACUUACGGGAGUCCAGGAGACUCAGUUUGAUUUUUAUUUAUAGAUUUAUUUGUAUACAUUUACCUUAUAUUUGCUAAUAAGGCAUUGGCAAAAUCUUAGACUGAAAAAUAGUGACAUUGGAGAAUAUUUCCUAUUUCAAAUAUUUCCCAUUUGAAAUAGCUAUUUGUUAGCUUAAAAUUUGCAAGGCACCAUACCAUUUGUAUAGUUUCUCGAAUUCUAAAUCAGGCUGUCAGGCAGCGUUUGGAACUGCGCCUGGCUGGCAGGAUGCAUAGUUUGCUGAUAUGGAGGGACUGGCAAGGGCUGCUUCCCUGUGCGAGCUCUUGGAAGUCUAAAAACUGUUUGUCUGCGAUGACUGGCACCACACCAGGUAUCACAGCGAGUUGGAAUAAGGAGUACUGCUUGCAUUUCCCUCCAACUCAUAGCUUUUGGUGAGAGGGCUUGUAAGCAGAACUACAAACUUUACUUUAAAGCCUUGUAUUGUUUGUUUAAAAAGUUAGAUAAACAGAAAAAAGUCUUCUUGUAUCAUACCUUGCCAUCACAUCCAUAAGCUAAAGUGGUUAUGGUACGUAGAGUGUUCUUUUGAUUGUCCACAAUAAUGGUUAGGUGAAUAAGCUGUACAGAGUUCUCAAGUUGAUUACCCUAUGGCAAACCAUGUUACGUUAGUCUUUUAGCUGGUAUAGGUAAAGUUAAUGCCAGGACUGGACUCUGAGUGCUUCAUUACUGUGCCCAACUUAUGGAUAGGUUAUUAAUGCAAUCUUAAAAUUUCAAAAGCUGCAGUUUAUUAGUUUCAGGGACUGUAAAUCUUUAACAGUCACUGGAAUCCAAACCAUUGCAGUUCUAAACAACUUCCUGUAAUGCUGAUUGGGUAAGCUCGAAGUGGCAUGGAAUAUAUAUAUAUAUAUAUAUAUUUUUAGAUCUCUUAUUGCUGCCAGACUGGAUCAGAUUAUUAGAUGGCUAUUCCAAUAAACACAUCCAUGUUGCACAAUAUUUGUGUAUUAUUGAUGAAGGUUAAGUUUAUUGGAAAUGGGCUACAUAAAAGAAUAACUAGAGAAUAAUGUGCCAGUCUAAUGACCUAAAAUAAUAAGAUUUAUGCUGCAGACAAACACAAGCUUGCUAUGGAUCCCUGGAAAAAAAUUGGGAAAAGCAGCCGAAAUGUGGUUGUGUAGAUUAGAUGUAUAAUCUUAAAGGGGUACUGUCACUUCUUAAUAUUAUGUUUACUUAUUACUACUUUUGAUAAAUAUGUUUUUGUGAGAUGUAGAAACCCAAACUCCGUAGACUGCAACUAAGUGCCUCCUUCGUUCAAUCGUUGUUAUAAGUUCUGUCAUUUGCACCUGUAAGCCAGUAUAGAGAAAGCUUAUAGAGAAGAGGAGAAAUGAAACCGUGUUUCUCUUUCUCCUCGUCAUUAGGGUUGUGUAAACCUGACUUUGCUUUGUCUGAACUGGAUUAGGAUGUUGUGUGCUAUAUCUUUUAUUUGAACAAAAAAAAAAUGUAGAUGUUAAAAAAGCAUUUUGUAUAAAAGAGUUUCAAUGGCAAUGUCACAGCUCACGGGCAGGGCCCUCUUUAUCUUGUGUAUAUUAUCCCAUUUUAUUUUUUAUUUUUGUUUUAUUCCCCCAAUUGUACAGACUAUGUUGGCGCUUUAAUAAUAAUGACACAAAUUAUAGGUAAUUUUUCAAGGAUUCUCUUCAACAGUAUACAUUUCAGAAAAGUGACCAUUCCCCUUUAAAGGCUAUGGCUUUUACAAUUGUGCAAAGUAUUCUAAUUGUAGAAUGAUAAAUUCUGAUGUGUAGCAGAGAGAUUCUGAGUACCAUUGAUUUAACAUAGUUGUGAAUCUUUUAUGGGGAAUCCUGAAAAACAUCUAACUCCUUGAAGGCAUCUCUAAACAGUAACAGCAUGUUCCGAAACACAAGUUAUUGCUUAAACUAAGGAAAUGCUUCAUUAUAGGGGAAUUUGCCUCUAACUGUCAUUAUAUCAUUUAUGUGCUAGCGACUUUAAGAGAAACUAUAACUUUCUAGAGGGGAUUCUGUUGAAAUGAUCACUGUUUACCGUUUGAUGGUGUUGACAAAUGCAAGAAAAACAUGCACUCUUUUCUUACAAUUCUCUGGUACAGUUAAGUAGUAAAAUUGCUUUCUGAAAAGGCACAUAUAUGGCAUUAUAACUCACCAUCAUUGUACUUAUUUUCCUUUAAUAUUAUUUUAAACUUGAGUCUGAUUUUAAAGGUAUUAGGUAGACUGAAAUUCAGCAACAUUUCUGAUUGAUGGAUACUCUGGGGGUCAGUUUAUUGGCAUCAUUGGUACAAUCGACAUUGAAUUUAAGAGCACAUAUAAAAUUGCAAGUAUAAAUCGGUAUGGCUACAAGGAAGUGUGUAAUUGCUGCCGAGUGGGGGCCGAGCUAUAAGAAGCCAGGGACUCUCUCAAAAAUGGUUUAACGCUGAAUGAAGGGUGAGAAAAUGUAUACUGUUGAAGAGAAUCCAAGCACUUUAACCAAUUUAAUGAGAUGGAAUGGCUGUAGUGCCUACAGCGGUGAGACGUUCAAAUGGAAUAUAGAAUAAAGGAUGGCUUUAUAUUGUAAAGAGCAUCUGCAGGGAGAGAGGAAUUUUAAACAUUUAUUGGGAUGAAUUCCCUGAGGAACUCAAGUACAGAAAGUGGAUGUUUUGUAUUUACCCUUUCAUAUGCCCCUUUAGUAUUCCAGUUUAUCUGUGCAGUGUAAAAGUAGUAUAGGAAGUUUAGAAGGCUCACUCACACGUGUUAUUUAAAGGGACACUCCGGGCACCCAGACCACUUCUGCCCAUUACCUUGCAGGGUUUAGUCCUCCUCUAGUAGCUGUCUAUAAGACAGCCAUUAGAGGGACAUCCGUGUCCCGUUGUCAUGGCACAGCCCUGCAAGGCGUGGCCGCCCCUUUAAGAGACCUGGCUGGAUUUGAACUCACAGCUCCAGCAUCCCAGUCAGGUUCUCUACCAUGAUAUCCACCAGGGGGCAGUUUUUGUUUGCCUUCUUCUGCUUUCUGACCCCUUGCCUGUAUUAAGCAGUGCUCAUCCACCUGCAGCCCUUUUCCAAUUAGGGUCAGCUGCACCUAAUUAGCAGGCUGUAAAAGCCAGCCCUGCCGGAGACCGAGUAUCUGGUCAUUUUGCCUGUUUGGUGUUUCCUGCCGGAUCUUUGCUACGUUACUGACUGAUUUCCUGGACUCUGACCUCUUCCUGAUUUACUGACUUCGUUACUCAGCUGCCAGCCCUGACUUCUGCUUCUCGUCUGACCCUGCCUUUUGAUUUCCCCUUAAUCUGUACUGCGCUUCUGGUUUUUACCUCCUUCCUGUGACAUCUCCUGCAAAUGGGCUCCAACUCCUGGUAAACUGUUUCAUAAGUCCCCAGGUGACUGUUACACCCGUUAACGUGUUCUAUUAAACGACGCUGGACGUCCUCACGCUUGAUUGAAUAAUGCUUUCCCAUGGGGAGUUCUAAUGUGCGCAGGUGGCCAUUGCCGCACAUGUUCAUUAGGUCUCCCCCGCUGGCUGACUUAGGUGGGGGAGGAGUCUGACCCAGCGCCGAGGGACAUCGGCGCUGGAUUCAGGUAAGUCACUGAAGGGGUUUUAACCCCUUCAGCAACGUGGGAUGGGGGGCGGCAGGGAGAGGGGCACUGCAUAUGUUUUCCUGGCACUAGAGGGUCCCUUAAAAACCUCCACCACUUCUGUGUAUUUUCUAAUAGUAAUCCCUGGAGUUUGAAUACACCACAUACAAAUCACUAACAUUUUUAAUAUAAAAAUCCUAGCUUUGAGAAACCUGAUUUAAAAUAGUGAUGAAUGAUGACAGCUGCUAGAUUUGAUAUUUAUUGAAUGAUUUCCCAAUAUACAGUACAAGUUCCAAAGACCUCUAAUACUUAAAUGGUAAAGUUGCCAGACUUGUGCUAUUUUUUAAUAACUUGUCGUCUUAAUAUUAAGCUGGCCAUUCAUCAAGUAAUUUAGUUACGUUUUGGCAUUUCAAACACUUCAAACUGUAUUUAGUGUCUCCAUAAACUGAAAGUAUUGCAAAACACAGUCUCGCAUACUGUCUCACAGGACGACCCCCUGUAUGUGCUGCCUACAUAAUGUCUUUUUUAAUUUGUUAAAGACCCAUUAACAUCCCUGCAGGGAACAAUCACAGGUUUAGAUUCAUUCCAGAUGUGUCUUAAUGAAGUGCUUACUAUUCUGCUUCACCCUGCUUAUCCACUCAGAACUACAAUAUAUAACAGAAAUGGUAAUGUGCAUAAACUUGUAUAUAUGGGUUCAAACCUGUAUCUUUUAAAUAUCCAGUGACACAAUUGCAGAUACCAUUCCGGAGGUGUUAAUGUUUAUAAAGUGUUCAUCGGCAGCCUCCUCAGGAAGACAUGCUUUAUUCUCCCAUAUAACAUCAAUAAACAUGUUUUGCUUUUUUUUGUGAUGCAUUGCAGUAACUAUAUUGUCUACGCAUUCACAUCAACUACCUGUUAGAAACUGUGGCCGAUAGAAAUCUCUGAUCAUAUUUUUGAUACAGCCACAAUUCCUGUGGUGUUUCAGAGGAAGUACUGUCAGAGGUAAUUAUUAUAUAUAAAGCGCCAACAAACCGCGCUGUUCAGAAGGUGGACUAACACACAAGUUCCAGCAAGACAUGUUGGACGUACAGGUACUGAAGGUGCUGAGUGCCCUGCUCAAACAAGCUUCCAUUUCUUGGCUAAUGGGCUAAAAUGGCACAAAAAGUGAGGACAAGAUGCAUUUCAUGUAUGAGAAUAGUAGGUUGCUAUAAGAUUUUACUUCAAAGGCUUGGUUCUUUUUAACUGACACAGUUGCAGCAGGGAAAGCAAGGUGGGUUAGUGAGGUGUGAGGAGGGAAAGCUAUUAACCAUUUAAUUGCAAUGCCUGCUUUAAGAAGUGAGUUUUCAGUGAUCAUUUAUUAUAGUGAAGGAAUUGAGGCUGGGUAAGAACAGGGAAAUUAGUUCCUUAGGAACGGCACAGCACACUUCUUUCUUCUGUAUUCCUAAUGAUCUGGUCAGUGCUACAGGUAUUUGUAUACCUCCUUCCCCAUGUGCAAAAAACGAAUUAAAUUCACUGAAAUUCCAACCCAGUAAAAAGAUAUACUGAGAAAUAAUAGGGGCUACUUUGUCUGUGUUUUACCUACGGCUGAUACUUCUAGACAUUGUGGGGUGCUACUGCUGUCAACAGUGACAGCUGCAGGGAAUUGGUUCGGUGUAUGGAUGAUCCCGCAAUCUCGUGCAUUAAAUUGAUGCUCUCCUAUGGGAAUUUUACUGACACUAGAUGUCCUCAUAGAGGGCUUAAAGGACGUCCAACAUCAGUUAGGUGACCAAAAGAUGCCUAGCAAGCACCUCUAGUGGCUGUCUGGUAGGCAGCUACUAGAGGCUGUCUAAAAGCUGCAAUGCAAAUAUUGCAGUUUCUCUAAAACUGCAAUGUUUUACAUUGCAGCACUAAGGGCAAUAGGGACACUGUACCCAUAUCACUUUAAUGAACUAAAGUGGUCUGCAUGGCUAUAGUGUCCCUUAACUCUUGGUUUUGAGCUGGAACAAUGCUUAAAGCGACACUCACCUGGAAAUCCACACAUCUGUUUAGUUUUUAUUAAUAAGCAAUUCUCAGACCCACAGUAACACUGAGUAAUAAAGACAGCAGAGAACAUUGUCAGCAGCCAAUCAGAAUCUCACUUCCCAUUAUGUCGUAAACUGGAACUGUUUCUUAGAAUUCUCUGUGCCAAACAUGGCCAAAGUUAUCUCGAAAUGCUGGAAGUUUUUUAUGCUGUACAGAUUUUUAAACCUGAUCUACAGGACAUGUAGGGAAUUUGAUGGUACAUAGACUACUUCUAAUAAGAGAACCACUUUAAUGUUUGAACACGUGCUCCUCAUCUAAGAUAUGCUUAUUUGCCCAUUACCUUCUUUACAGAUAGGUUAUAGAAUGUCACUUGCCAUGUUGGCCAGUUCUGGCUUCUCUAUACUGGGCUCCCAGUACCCCAGCCACUCUCAUACACCAGCUGGUGAAAUAGUGAUGGUGUUUGUAAUAUGGAAGCAUCUUGUGGUGGGAGCUAAACCCACUAUAUUUUGUGUCUGCUCUUAAAAAAACAUGCUUCUUGAAUAGAAAGAAAACGUAGUUAAAAAAAUACCUAUAAAUGUUCUUUUAACCCCUUAAGGACCAAACUUCUGGAAAAGGGAAUCAUGACAUGUCACACAUGUCAUGUGUUCUUGAGGGGUUAAUCAGUGCUGUGUCGUGAGAUUUGUCCUUAUUCUAAUUUGGUCUUUCUCCCAUUUUGUUUCCCAGUUUGAAUUAUUUUACAACCAGCAUUUCAGUGGCAGAAAGCUGACGUGGCUGCACUAUCUAUGUACAGGUAAUGGAAAGCAUCAGUAUAGAGACUUACUUAACUUUUUCAUGUUUGUGAAUAGGUAUAAGCUUGCAAAACUAACUUAUGUGCACAUAACUCACCACUUACACAUAUAUAUACAAAAGGACAAUUACUCACACACAUAGACAUACAUGUAUAACUUGCCAGUAACGCAAUCACCAGUAUUGCAGUAUAUAUGGGUCGGCACGCACUCCAAAAUCGGACUACCACAGUGCCACCAAAUCAGAGUUGUCCACUCUCAUUAAGCAGGAAGGACUCUUCACAAGUGAACAAUCCAAAAGCAGAUUUAUUGGACAAGGUAAGAUAGCCUUUCUCAAGCCAACAAGAAAACAAACUAGCAUGGUGUAUAUAGCAUUCAAAUGUAUAAUUGUAAUUGCAAAAACGAUCAAUACCCUGUGCAAAUUUAGUUAGAACGUGUGCAGCAUCAUUUAGACACAAUGAUGACGAAAUAUUAUCAGUGGACAUACAUUCAAAUCAUUAAAGUGCAAAUAACAGAAUAAUAGGACAAUGUCACAAAAAUAUCCGUGUAAAUCAAUAAAAAAAAAAAAGCCCCCUUUAUGGAGAAUAUCCAAACGAGGGUGGGCAGUACGAGUGGUUACCCUCAACUCUUGGCAUGAACCCUACUAAUACGAAUACUUGUAGUAAUGUAUAAAACAAAAAUCAGGGAAAAUCUCUCUGGAGAAAUCCGUCUUAAGUAAAAAAAGAUAAUUGGUUAAAAAAUUUAACUAACAACAUAUAACCAUAGAUGAGGAGGAUAACUAUAUAUUCACUAGAAAUUGGUAAUCGGUAUGUUUGUGAUGGGUAAACCAACCGGCUUUUUUUAUUUUAUUUUACAAAAAUGUAUUAACCAUACCUAGUGUAAAAGCAUAGAAAAGUCUAUUGCUUAUUAUCCAAGUGAUAUAUUAAAACAUAUAUUCUCUCAAGUUACCAAUGUCUAUAUAACAUGGGACUGUUUACUGAAAAGAGCCCCUUAUAAUAUAGUCCCAGUUAGACCUGAAAGAGGUGCGCUUAUGUCGACAGACAUUAGAUGAAAAAGACAAAUAAGGGAGAGACUCCCUAAGAUGUUAAAGGGUUAGAAUAGGAGAAAAAAGAUUUAUAUGGAGGAGUAAAACGCACGUAAUUAUAAGACCUAUAUCUUAACACAGGUCAAUAAAACGUUAGUACAGGACAAUAUCUACUGUGUAAAUAUAUCAUAAAUUUACCCUAAGUGGAAUAGAGAAGGGUAGUGUAUAGUGAAAGGUACAGAAUCUUAACCUCUUAAUAUCACAAAAAAUAUUUUGAUGAAUUUUCUAAUACUUUAUUAAGCCCAAAGAUAAUAUAGCCUUGAACGCGUAUUCCAAUUGGCCAUGUUUGGUGACGUGUUACUUUGUGUUCUUCUUAGCUUGAGAAAGGUUCAUUUGAACUAAAACAUUGCUUUGUCCAAUAAAUUUACUUGUGAAUCGUUCACGUGCCCGGUCCUUUCAGUUUUUAUGCAAUAAACCGUCACCAUGCAUUCAUACACACUAAUACAGAUAUACAAACAUUUUACGUACAGAUGCACAUAAACUUACGGAAACCGCUUUCACACUCCUGUUGAACUCCCUGGUUUAAAUUCAGGCAGAGCUACAGGAUGAUGUGACGUCAUCUUUUAUUUGGUAUUGUGCGUGUAAGUGAGAGGGAGCUGGGAAAGCUCUUUCCUGCAUUAUCAUACAGAGACAGCUAGCUCCCGCACGAAUGCCCGGGACAACGUGGAGAUCUUCCUUUUCGAUUCGCCUAUAACUGACUAAGGCCCUUGCUGGUGGUGAACACAAUAGCAGUUCCAAUACCUGGACAGAACAUGGAUAGAAACCCAGGGCUAACCCAAAGCCAGAGACCUUCACAGUCUGUUUGGAUUUAAGUAGAAAUGAGACAUAGACUAUAGUAUGGGUCAAAGCCACCUUUCCAUAGGGCAUACAGUACAUUGGAGCAUACCAAGAUGUGUGUGGGAAGUGUAGGAAAGCUGAAAUCUGAGCUUAUGUCAGGAAGCCAUAGAUAAACAAGCCAGGAUCAUAAGACCAUGCGUGUAUAUAGCCACCACAGACAGGGGAUAAGCGACAGGGGAUUUAAUAGAGAAUGAUACACGCACUCCUCUAAAACAAAUACAUCUAUUUAUAUAUUUAGAUAAAUACUGUUUUUAGGGAUCAACAUAAAUUUUUGGGGAUUAACUUUUCCUGAAGUUUAUAACUCUAAUAUAUUGUAACUUGCAUUAGGCAUUUAUUACCAGGAAAUGUUAUUCCUUCGUCUAAUGCAUUUCGGCUGCAUAUUUGUUUUAAUAAGCGGUGUUAGAGGCAGCAUUCUGAGCGCACAGAGCUGGAGUCCCACUGUGACCAUAAUAUAAGAGAGCCUGAGGUUUGAAACACAUGUUGACAUAAACAAAUCUCUCGCACAAAUUUCAUGUGAUCACUCAAAAUAUUUCAACAAUAACAGACAGUCAUAACCCAGCAUGUGUUACUGAAACGUAGCAAGUAGAUUACUCACUUUUAUAAUAUUAUAAAAUUAGUUUUUACUGCUUCUGUGAGUCUUUUUCUGUUCGUUUUAGAGAAAUAAAACAAUCAAAAAUCUGACUAAAGGCACCCAUUUACUUGCGGUUUUGAAGAUAUGAGAUUUGUGUGGGGAAGGGGGUUAUUCUAUUGAUAUGACUAUUUUAAGGUUAUUGUUGUGUAAAUGUUAAUAUUGUAACUGUAUAGACCUCCCUCCUGGUGACUGUCACUGGCAAUAUCUGAGUGUUAAUGAGCUUUCUGUGGUUAAGCCUUUAGCCCUUUUAAAAGUGCCACUUGGGUGUUAACUGACCUCAGCAUCAUUCAUGUUACAUAGUUUAAAACCAAACUAAGAGUCUAGGUUAAUUUCAUCUCUGCAUUUACACAAUCGUAUACCCUGAAAACAGAAUUAAAUGAAUAUUAUGCAAAAUAAAAAUCUCUGAACAAAAGCUAUCUGGGCAUGAAUAGUGUCUUGCCUAAUUAAAAUAAUGAGUGAAGGACAGCCUUUCUGUUGUACUCCAAAUACUACAUCCCAAUAGCAGAGUUUUUUUUUUUUUUUUAUAUUUUUUUUUUUUUUAUUGUACUGGCAUGACCAAAUAUCCCCACCGGACAACCAUGUUUUACAAAAAAUGUUUUUUAAUGGUUAUUAUUUUCAAAGUUAUACAUAAUAUAAGUAGAGACUACUUUUUUUACGUAUACCCUGCAGGUUGACAAAAGGCAGAGCUUUAGCCAAGCUCCACGUCCUUUGUCAGUUUUGUCAUUGGACAUUAAGCUCUUGGUCACAUCCUUCCAGCAUAGUGUCACUUCCUACAGCAUCGCGUCAUUGAUUGUGUUGACUCUCACGCAGUCCUGGUAUACUGGACAUGUGUGUGACUUCACAUGCACACCCUUGGGAGAGCAGAGGCAGGAAUUUCCAGCGGCUGCCAUCUUGUAAAACACUAAGAUGGCUUUACAUGAAGACUUGGCUUUAAAAACAGUGAUUUUUUUUUUUUUUUUUUUACUUUACAGAAACAUCAAAUAUUUAUAGUAAAAUAUAUAUAUUUGUGUUUUUGACAUUCAACAAAGGUAAUACAGUAUGCUUUGUAAUUAGGCAUUUGUAAAUUGUUGGCGAUGUAAAAAUCUUCAUUUGUUUCUCUUAAAACUAGGUGAGGUGAAAAUGAAUUACCUUUGCAAACCAUAUGUAGCCAUGGUGACCACGUACCAAAUGGCUGUCCUGCUUGCCUUCAAUAAUAGUGAGACUGUCACUUACAAAGAGCUUCAAGACAGCACACAGAUGAAUGAGAAAGAGUUAACAAAAACAAUAAAAUCUCUGCUCGACGUGAAGAUGAUCAACCACGAUUGUGACAAGGUAGGGGUGACGGUAACACCUAUGUCUGAUGUGAGAAUGUACGUACCGGUAAGGAAGAUCGCAUCACGGCUUACUCCAAAAAGGGACAUUUACUGUAACAUUACUACACUUUCAUGAUUCGCAGGUCCCAAUGGAGUCACAGGAGGACUUUAUUGAUACUCCAACAAUAGAGACAGUAAUAGGGCAGUAACACGUUCCACCAAUCUGAUAGUAUCAAUGAGUAUCUGCAGUAUUGUAUUGUAGGGUUUGUAUUUGUAAUGCACUUGUUUUACUCCGUAACUACACUAUUGCUAUACCUUCUCUCUCGCUCUUUCCGAGCUAGUCACUAUUCCCUUUUUCUAUGCUUUUUCUCCCGUCCCUCAUAUUUCUUUCUCUUGUUUUUCUUAUUUUCACCGUGGGUCUAUCGAAACGUAGCUACUUUCUACCUUCUGAACAGAUAAUCAUUGUUAUAGUGUUGUCUAUAUUUAUUAUAAAAAUUAAUUACAUAAAAAAGAAAACAUGAUACAAACAAAAACCCAAAAGCUGGAAAACACAUUGUUAAAUGCUGCCAUGUUAGGUAAAAUCUGUUCACUUUCUAAGCGUAUAGGAAGGUGUUCCAAUGUUUUGUGCAGUUUUACAAUAAUGGAGGAUUUUUCCGAUUGUAUAAACCAUACACAGAAAUAAUUACGCAUAUUAAAUUAUUAAUUUGAACAUUUGUAGGCUAUAAUAUUUCACAUCUAUGUGGCAGUGACUGAUGUUUAGAUGUUUCUGGGUUUUUAGAUGCUUAAACUGUUCAACAAAAAUAAACGCGAUAGAUCGGCACAGUUUUCUUUGCAUAAGGUGUAGCUGUGAGCAAACAAGUACACAUCUGCUUACAGGGAAUAUAAAGUAUCACAAACUACUAGAAAAACUGUCAGUGCAGAUACGCUCCUAUGUCUUGUUUUAUCCAUGCUGUCUGUGUUGUAGAUACAAUAAAUAGGACUGUAUGUGGUAUAUAAUCUCAUUUCUGACAACCUGAACAAUGCAUAUGUGCGCUUCUGAAAUUGGCAAAUUUAAAUAUAAUGUGCUUCUACAUAAAAUGCAAGUUUCGUCUUUUAAAGAACAGUCUCUGUUUUUCAUGUAGGAAGAUGUAGAUGGAGACUCAACAUUUUCAUUAAAUAUGAGUUUCAGCAGUAAAAGAACAAAGUUUAAAAUCACUACACCUAUGCAGAAGGACACGCCACAGGUAAGAUCCGUGAAUGAAUCAGGGUGUUUGUGUAUUACUCAUAAUUUUUGAAGAGUUUGAGACUCUGUAUUAAAGAGGUGCAACAAGCGCCUGUAGAACUGCCUAUAGCAUGUCCACAUUUUUCCCCAAGUUCCGCCUUGGAUAUGUUAGGGAUGCACAACAGUACAUUAUAGUAUUAUUUUACUUAAAGUUUAUGUGUCUCAGUCCUCAAUGCCCUGGAUGUUUAUUUCUAAGAAAAGCACAAUCAUUCACUUGGGAACAUUUUGUCUGCUGGCCCUGCUUCCACAGUCUACAAGUAGGCUGAGUCAAUCUAAGGGUUGUCUUGUUUUUUUUUUUGUUUUUUUUUAAUCUGCAACCAAUGGAAAGCUGGUAAACCGCAAUUCAUGUAUUUCCUUGAAGGCCUAGCAGUGGACAUGCGAAACUCAGGACUCAAUCCAGCAAUCUGACAAUUAUUACAAUUAUUAUAUAGCGCCAGCAUAUUCCGCAGCGCUGUACAUAAGUUAAACAAAGCAAACACUAAAUACCAACAAAAGGUAAUUGGCAUACUGAAAGCAGCCCAAAUGAGCUCACAAUCUGAAAUAUGGUCCCUGAAUUUCAACUUGGCAAAAGUCGAUUAUUGAUUUUCCAGCUCAUAGCAGGUUGCUAAUCUGUGCAGUGUUCCGGUAUCUACGAGCUGGGAAAUAAAAUCUUACCAAAACCUGCACAUGCUUGCUGGGUAAAGACUAUUCGAAACCACACUUCCAGUGUACUAAUAAUUCCAUAUCUCCAACAGUUUUCUUUUGUUUGUUUUUUUGAAAAAUAUAUAAUUACGUUAGCUGCCAAUAAAAAAAAAAAAAAAGCGGUUACCAGCCUUAUUUUUUCAUGUUAAAUGCAGGAAUUUAUUUGCUUAAAUGGCAAACUGCAGUGAAUUCAAAACUCAACUGCUAAAAUAGCUGAAAGUUUUGCAAAUCAUAUUUCCAUUUACUGCAGCUCACUACUUACUGAAUGCAACCCACUGAUUGCACAGUAAAGAUUUGUAAAGAUUUGUCACUGAGAUGCAGGUUAUCGAAAGGGAAGUACAUGGGUUUUUUUUUUUUUAGUGUGUAGUUUAGUAGAGCGUGUGUAAGCCAGUAGCUUGCAAGGCAAAAACAAAACUAGCUUAUUUCAUGCAAGUACAUCACUAAAGUUGGUGGACCUGAAAAUUGUCCUUCAAGGGUUUUUUGACAAAAAUGGUUGACAUAGCUUGACAAUUGAUUUUCAAAAGGAACAAAACAGGAUUGUAAAAAAGCUUUUAAAACUCUCCAUUUUCAGUUAUUAUAGGCAGGUACUAUGCAUAAAACAGCUCACUUUCAAUGACUCAAUCCAUUGUCCGUUUGUUCACAUGAAUGAAAGAACACACUUGCGACAGAAUAAAAGCAGCACAUUAGAAGAGAAAAGGGACACUAUGCAUGAUUGCACGAGCAAAGAAAGUUCCCUGUGUGUAAUACAGGUUUCUGGGAGUGACCGAUUAGCAUUUGUAGAUAGAUGCAACAAAAAAGAAAACACUGUGCUGUAUUGCAUCUUCACUCAUGGCAUCAUCUCCUGCGUUUGCAACCUCCUCUAUGGAGUGCAAUAAAAUUCAAGAUUGACUGAAAUAACAUUUUAUAUAGAAAAGAAAAUUAGACAUUUGGAACAAAAAAUAGUCACCCUCCUAGUGAAGGACUCAUUUUGGCAUGAAUUGGUCCAUUAUAAAUUAAAUAUGGUUGGUUAUGGUGGUCACAUUUAGGAUGCCAUUCAGGAGCCCAGCAGACACAACUUCCUUCCUUAGCCAGUUCAGUCCUCCUACCAAUCUGACCUCCCAUUAUUCCCAUUAAUCAGUUAAUCAUGCAUUUGACGGAUCAGUGAAAGCCCCUCUUGUCACAGUCUAUGCUUUUCUUGUGUUGGAAGUAUUGGAGUAAGAAUCCACCCCUCCAUCAUCCUUACGAUUAUCGCGAUUGUGUUUUGCAUUGUAUUGUUGUCUGCAACCUAAACCAAAAAAGAAAGUAACAAAAUAUGUAACUUCACAAAUGCGUGUUUCUCCUCUCCAAACACUGCCAUGGCUAUUUCUAAGUGAAACAAAUGUUCAGAACAAAUUAAUUCUUUAAAAAGCGACUUAUGACCCCAGUUUUUUAGGAUCCUUUAAGGAUAAUUCAGCCUCUACUUCAGGAUAGCAUCCACUGGGGUCAGUGUAGCUUGAUCUAUAACCAUCCAGCUGGGAGGAUUUAAACUAAUUGAUGUUAAUUAGCACAUGAAUACUCGUCCAAAUACGCUCGUGAUUUGGUAUUUGGAUUAGACAGAUGUGAUCACUUAUUUAGCCAUUUCAAAUAUGCUUCUCAAACCAACUUACAUUUAGAAGGAACUUUUAGGAAGGGUUGUUUUUUUUUUUUUUUCAUUUAUUAAACUUAACACUAAACUUAUUUGCCAACAGUCAUUUUUGUUUUUGCAUGCUUGUUUGGGUACAGCACUAAAGUUUGAAGAAAGUAAACUCAGAAUUUUAAAGUCCUGUAACCUAUAUAAAGUCCCAUCUUUUUUGGUUUGUUUUUAAGCAUUUGGUUGCAUUACUUAUAUUAAGCAAUUUAAUAUUGGGGACAUCGUCAGCCUAAAGUGUUUUAUGGUAUUAAAGGGACAAUCCAGACUUGACUUUUUUUUUUUUCAUUUUAAUUUUACAAAAAGUGCAGAUUUCAAAUGAAAUUGGCACUUUCAUAAAUUAACCUUGCUACACUCUCCGGCUGUCAAUCGGACAACUGGUUCUGUUACUUCCUGGUUUGGUUAGUUAAGGGGAGCUAACCUCGAGAGUCAGUAACUGCCCAGAGCACAUGCCUUGUAAAGCUGCAUUGGGAAGCCUGUGAUUGGAUAGCCACAGAAAGUCUGGGCUGUGUUAGAAAGGGAGGGCUAGCAAAGGCUUCAGGGAAGUUAUGUACAACUUUAUUAAGCUGUUUUUACAUAUAGCUCAAAUGGAAAAAAAUGCAUUAUUAAAUGCAUACAUACAUGUUUUCAUUGGGGUUAUAUCUAUUAAACAGGGCUUUUUAAAAUGUAUUUAUUUGCACAGUGUGGUGUCACUUUAAGGCAGUCAUGCUCCUCCUGCUGGGGACAAUUCCUUAGUGUCCCCAGAAGCAGGGCACCAGGUGACAAAUCCAGGACAACACAUUUAUUUUAUUUGGGCAGGGGAUUAUGUCUUUAAAGUGACACUAUAGUCACCAAAUUAACUUUAAUUUAAUCAUGCUCCUGCAGUCUCACUGUUGAUUCUUUGCCAUAGUUAAUGGGUUAAAUGAAGUUGGUUAUACAGCCUUAGUCACACCUCCCUGCAUAUGAACUAUAGUCUUCCAAAACACUUCCUGUUAAGAGAGAUCUCAUGUUAAGACUUCCUUUAAAGCACAAUCUGUUUAAUAAAGAAUAUAUCUCUUGCCCUGUUAAUAGCUUGCUUGACCUUACAUGAUUGUCCUGUCUGUGAUUAAAGUGCAAUUUACGGAGCAUGAGUUAAAAACUUCUAAAUUAAGUUAACAUCUGAUUGAAAAUGAAACAUUUUUAAAAAAAAACUUUUUACAUGCAGUCUCUGUGAGGUGUGGCUAGGGCAGCAUGAAUAGAUACAAAGGUUCUCCAACUCCUAAAUGGUAAAGAAGUGAGCAGUGAAACUUCAGAGACAUGAUCUAUACACAUAAAACAACAUCAUUAAGCUAAAGUUGUUUUGGUUAUCAGUGUCCCUUUAAGCAAUAGAUUGCUAUAUUGCUUGCGUUUCCAUUCGUUUUGACCUAACGUAAUACCUAACACCAUAAAAGAUGCCAUAAGGAAUAGCAAGCUAUAUGUUGUGUCUCAAUUAGUUUGGUAAACAGUUGUAUGGGUUCUCUUUCCUCUUUGUUAUGUACCAUAUGUUUGUGGCUUUAUACUUUCUUGCACUAUAUAAGUCUGCACUGUGGUGUGAUUUGUAUUCAGGGUAGAGUUUUAAAAUCUGAUCUGCUGAAAAGCUUUGACCUGAAUUGGUGAUCUCAUCUGUCUAUGAUGCCAUUUGAGCAUAGUGCUUUAUUGGGCCUUAAUACUUCAGGGUUGUUGGUUGUUUUUUUUUUUUGUUUGUUUUUUUUUAAAAUUAAUAUUAUAAUUUUAAAUUUAUUUUUUCUGGAAAUUUUACAUAUGAAAUAAUAUUUUUUAAAUGGCUUUCGGAGAUACCUAGUAUGGUGGGUAGAAUAUAUAUGUGUAAAGGUUUUUAUAAAAUAUAAAGAGCAGUGUUUUUUAGGAUGCAUUUGAUAUGUUUUGACCAUUUUUGUGCCACCAUUUUUUACUUUUUCUUUGGGCUACCUUACGUGCUGUGUGACCUGAGAUAAUGGUUUUUAUGUUAUUAUUGUAUUUACAGUGUAAGUUAAUAUUGGUUCAGAUAUUUUCUCAUUUACUUUUUCACUUACUACAGAGUAUGCGUUUUUAUUUAAUUUUCUUAUGCAUUUUGUAUGAUUUUGUUCUUGUAAAAUAUGUAUGAUUACAGUAUUUUUAAUGUGUUACUAUAUAUAUUAAUAGUUUGAAGGUUUUAUCAGCCACUUCCUUCCCUUUGACCCUUUCCUUUUAAUCUAUUUUUAUUUUAUAACAUGUUGCAGUAAAAAAAAUAUAUAUUUUUAUUAGAAUUUAGAUGGAAAUGACCUCUGUUAAUUUUCCAGUUCAUAUUUAUUCUAAAAUUGUAAAAUGGCCUUCUGAUAGUAUAAAUAUAAAUAAGUAUUAAGGCCUUUGUAUUGAUAGGAAUUAGCCCUUUCUUAUUCAAGAGCAGUUGAGUACACACCCCUUUAAUCAAAAUUCCUUUUAUACAUGUGGCUGUUUAGAGGUGUACCUUGUGGUUGGUAAUCUUCCUGUUUGGAUGUUUACCCAUAGUAAAUGUUAAGUAUACUUUCAAUAAAGCGUUUGCUUUUUUAUGCUGUGAAUUUUUGUGAAUGUCAGUGCGUACCGUAUUUGUUUUUUCCUUUCGAUAUUGCAGCCAAUUAAGUACCAUUUCAAAGUAUUAACAGGGCUUGUGAAACGGGCAACGCAGAUAAAUGCGAAUGGUGUUUAUGCACUGUGCCAGCCACCUAAAAUAACUUCAUCCCUCUAAUCCUUAUAGUAGAGAUGGCUAAUAUGUCACCCCCACCUUGUGUGGACAGCAGUUUCUAUGGUAAAUCUGAGAGUUGAAUGGGUUGAUACAGUUGAAUAUUAAAUCUGUUAGGGCUUUGAUACAAAUAAAAAAACAGAACUCGUCAAAGUUGACACGUGUUUGAAACGCAUGGGUCAAAUUUGCUCCUACUCAAUUUUUUUCAUCUCAUCAAGGGGUCACAACCCACCUGCGCUGACGAAUCUAUGCUUUGGAGAGGAGAAAGGCGCUUCUCUCUGGUAGGUAACUACCUAUUCUUCUUGGGAGAAAAAAAAUAUAGAGAGAAGGAUUGACAAUGUCACAUAUUAGACGAUCAUAAGACUUUAUGCCCUCCUUCCACAAACUCCAUAAAAAUGAACAUGUAAAUGCAAUAAUGCUGAAAUGCAACACAUUAUCAGAUUUAUUACUACAACGUGAAAGGAUUUUUAUUUUUAAUAGUUGUUAAUUGUGGACAACUAGCAAGGGAAUUGUACAUUUUACGCGAAAAUCGAUUACUUGUACAAUUCAACUCAUUUCCAAGUCUACUAUUUUGGUCAAACAAAUAAUACAAUUCUCUGCGCAUGAUUUGAAGUUAAGUGAACUAUCUCCGUAUAAAUUAGAACCUAGUGAGAAGUAAGGGGCAAUGUGUAUUUAAUGUCAUUAAAGUGCUUUCUUUCCACUGCCACUAUUCUACUGUUGUACAGGCAUCGGCUUUUCAAGCUUUGCUUUCAGUCGUUUUACUUUCCAAAAACAAAAGCUGUUUUUUGGAACUCUGGUUUAACCCCGUAGGAGCUGCUCUAAUGACUGAACGUCUCUUGUGUUUCAUUCCUCAGGAGGUGGAGCAGACACGAAGCGCUGUGGACGAAGACCGUAAAAUGUAUCUUCAAGCUGCUAUUGUUCGCAUUAUGAAAGCACGCAAAGUACUGCGGCACAAUGCUUUGAUACAGGAGGUGAGCGGCCAUUGCUUCUUUAACCGAUAGAUUCCUUUAGUAACAUUCAAAGUUUCUCAAUAUUAAAGCCUUAAUGUAGGCCAAUCCAUAGUUCUUGAAAAGGACGGCCAUUUUAAUGUUUUCUUGUCUUCAUCAAUGGGAAAAUGUAUAACUAUACGUUUCUUUUUUCAGGCCACAUAAUAUGCCGGGGAGGAGGGUUGCUUAUUAACUUUUGACACUAAAUUCAAGUUAGACUCGAAUAUACUCUAAUCUAAAAUCCAUUUGUGUAAUAUUGGUGUGUAGACAAUUUGUAUACGUAAUAUGUAUGUCAUUGUACCUCAUUUGUUUUUUGAGGGUGGACCUCAUUUUUUUUCCUACUGCUUAGUGAUCAUCUUCACCACUAGUUUGUAUGUUUUAGGUUCUUUGUAGCACUUUGCGUUAAGCAAAUUAAUGGGGGGGAAUAGGAUUUACAAACAGCCCACUGCUGUACCCCCACAACCCCAGUGGUAGAUUUAAAAAUAACAUUUGUGCUUUUCCACCACUGGCUUGUUCGGGCAGGACAUCAUGAGGUCCUGCAGUGUAGUAAUUGCAUAACUGGUGCAGAUUGUGAUGAGAGGACAAACUAAUGAAUAACAAAUAGUCUGUAAAGGGCACGGGGCACUGUAGAUGUACUACCAAAGCACAGACUUUCUUACUAUUCACCAUCUGAGCUGAGAUGAAGGAGGGAAAUGAACGACCUCUCUAGGCUAUAUCUGUGGAAAUCCCAGACUAAUGUUUAUUUGAUUUUAUUAACGUUCUUGUUUAACCUCAAUCAAAGUUCUAUUAUUUUUCUCUUUGGAUGGCAAAAUGGCCAACCAACGGAAAGACACACAAGGAGGGGUCUCACACAACAGUAAAGAAUAAGACGUUGUAGGUGUCCAUUUGACCGUCUUUUAUCAGAAGUAACAAUAGAUGAACAAAUAUAUCGCAGAUAAUAAAAACUAGUUCAGUAAAUACAAGAAGAAAGCGUAGCAUAUAAAGCAAGAUUAGACAUUUACAUGCCAUGAUUUAAAUGAGAAGAGGUGCAAAAGACGGGGGACAGAGGCCGAUCAAAUCAGAAGUUGCUGACCCACCAUAGGUAAUAAAUGGUUUACAUUAUGUUGACUUAUCUAUCGGCACCGCUAUAGUAAAUCUCCAUCAGAAAGCCAAAUAAAAAUGUCCGUGUGUUUAGCAAUGCUUCAGAAUUAGAUUAUUUUUUUUUCUUCUUGCUUAUUGUAUGCUUAAUUUUCAGCGUUUGCUCUUGUUUAAGAGUUUGUUCUGAUUGUGUUAGGCAUAGGGCAGUAUCCCAUGGUAAACCAUUAAAGGGACACUCCAGUGGUCUGGGUGCCAACACCCUUAACCCUGCAAGUGUAAUUAGUGCAUUUUUUUUAUAAACUGCAAUUAUUACCUUGCAGGGUUAACUCCUCCUCUAGUGACUGUCUACUAGACUGUUUCCCCUGCCGGAUGACGUGGGCGGACCCAGAAGCAGCGCAGAGGGACAUCAUUUUUGACCCCUUCAGCAACCGGGGAUGGGAGGUGGGAGGGAGAGGGGACCUGCAGUGCCAGGAAAACAAUUUGUCUUCCUAGCACUGGAGAGUCGCUUUAAUAUAACAAGGGUUCAAAGAGAAAUUCUUUACUAGUUUUAUUCUUUAACAUCUGUUUAAUCCAUUUACUCUUUAUUCGAUUAGUGGUAUUAUGUAGUGUCACACUUUUUUCCUUUACUUAGCUUGUCUUAUGACACAACUUAAGUACAAAUUGUGUUAUCCUUCAAGAACACUUGCAGGCAAAUCCGUUGCAGAGAUUCACCCUAGAUAGCCUAGUAGCUUGAGAAAUGCAUUACAUUGGAAGUUUGGUUUCAACUUGUUUUAGAAACUUGUCACUGGCCUUCAGGUGGUACAGAUCUCCCAGUGGAAUGGGGAGCACAUGGCAUAUUUUUGGUAUCUGAUUAUGUUAUCAUAAUAUAUUUAAAAUAUAACGUGCUAAUUUUGUAGGAAUUUUCCAACUCGCCUGUAGUAAUUAUUUGUAUGUUUUAGCCUAAAUGUUUCAGUUUUGUAGGCUACUUUAGCCUAAAUAUUGCAGUUUGGUUUUCCAUUCAUUGCAGGUAAGUAUUUUGUAAAUAAAACUCCAGUCCCCGUGUCUUUCCGUCUGUGCUACUUCUCUUCCUCCUGUAAGACCAGCAUGCAGCUCCAUCUAUGAGGACCAUUGGAAACCAAUUAUAUUGGAAGUUUACUAGCCGUCAUUUUCCUUCUCUUACAUGCAUGCUCUAAUACAACAACAUUUUUUUUUUUCAGCCUUCCCUAGUCUAUUGUUUUCUAUCAAAGCUGAACAAUAGGGUUUUAUUCCCUUUUCAUUUUAUAACUCACUAUAAUUUACAUUUCAUUGCACAGAAAGACAAAGACAGGGUUUUUGUACCUACACAAACAUUUAGAAAUUUCUAUUGGAUGGUUAAUGCAGUCAAUUAGAACCUGUGAAAUCUGAUCUAAAUCCAAAAGAAGCAGGUGGCAUAUUGAUAAAGAGGACUGUCCUUUCUCCAGUACGUUGUAGCCAUUGUAAUUAUAUGUAAUACAGCAUGCAGGUCAAACCAGUGCAACGGCUUCUAAUGUUUCAUGGAUGGGCAGGUGAAUGACUGGCAUGUUAGUAUACAACUCUACAAUUAGAGUCUGCAGCCUAUUGCAAUACAUUGAAAACUUAAAAUUAGAAUUAUAUAUUGUGGAAGCCAGAUUGAGUAAAAAUAAUAAUUAUAAUACCAAUAAGGAAUGCCACUAGGUAUAAAAUGUGCAGCAGUUUGUCUCAAGAAGCAUCCUGCACAUUAUGAUGUAGGAUAAUUUAUUUAAUUUGGGAAUAAAAGUGUGAAAGUUCUUGCUUUGCAGCCCCCACGCCCUUGUCUAAUAAAUCUGUGAUUGUGACGUUCUUUGUUAUAGUAAUUUGUUCUUUUAUCAUCAUACAUGUUAACAGCAGUAGGGCUGUAUGGAGCUUUCAAAACUCAUUAAGCCGGACAUUCUUUGCUGGCAUAAGGGAAAAUUGGUAAUGGUUAACUGUAGUGCCAUCAUUCAAAAUUGUUUUCCUGGCACUGUAGUGCCAUCCUUCCGUGGGGCCUCUUCCUUCUAUCACUUACCUGAUUCCAGCACCGAUGUCCCUCUGUGCUGGUUCAGGCUCCGCCUCUGCUCCUCCCCUGCUGACAUCAGCUUGAGGGGUCCUAAUGCGCUCAGUUUAGGUCCUCCUUCAUAGGAAAGAAUUAUACAAAGCUUUCCUAUGAAGAUUAGGGUGACCCUGGAUGUCCUCAUGCAUUACUAAACUGCAGUAUUUACAUUGCAGGGUUAACGCCUACCAUACAGCCACUAGAGGGCACUUCCUGGUUUAUAGCACAGAUUUUCUGUGCUAUAGCGUCGCUGGACGUCCUCGCACUAUGUGAGGACCUUCAGCGUCGCUAAAAUCCCCAUAGAAAAAGCAUUGAAAAGCAUAUUCAAUGCUUUCCUAUGGAGAAAGCAUGCGCAAUAGAUCUCCCUUGCCGGAUGACGGCGGGGGAGGAGCGUGGGCAGACCCUGACCCAGCGCUGAGGGACAUCGGCUCUGGAUACAGGUAAGUCACUGAAGGGGUUUUAACCCCUUCAGCAACCUGGGAUGGGUGGUGGGAGGGAGAGAGGACCUGCAGUGCCAGGAAAACUGAUUGUUUUCAGGGCACUGGAGAGUCCCUUUAACACUGCAAAGUAAUUAUUGCAGUUUAUCAAAAACUGCCAUAAUUAGCAUUGCAGGGUUAAGGGGCCUGGGGUAUUGCUCCCAGAUCACUUCAAUGAGCUGCCUAUAGUGUUCCUUUAAUAACAGCUUUCAGUAACUUGCAUGAUCUGUUCUCAUUAACACAAAUACAAAAGUGUCUCUUCUUGCUAAUGCAUGCUCUUUUGUACAAAUCCCAUGAUGCUCAGCCAAAUCUGCUCUGCAACCUUUUGAGUUGCCAUCAGUGACCUAAGAUGCCAAUGUUGCAGCCCCUACAGGUGUAGUGUAGUCCAGUUUGAUCUCUAACAUGCAGAUGGAUGGAGCCUAUAAACAAAAUGUACUAAUUAAUUUUCUCUCAAAUCACAUUUGAUUUUCAGACAAAAUUGGGGCUGGCAUACAAGAUUAUUUAUUUUUUUAUUAUUAUUACAACGCAACACUAGACAUCGCCAAUCCUACUGACCUGCCUCCUUGAUCUUCUUUGCUGAAUGCACUGCAUUGGCAAAAUUCAAUACUACUCGUACUACCAUACAUAAUGAAAAGAACGAUCCAUUCUACCCAUAAAUUAUUAAUCAAGUACUUUUCCAUAGAUCAGGGAAAGUAUCGUAAACAAACCUAAACAAUUGAGGCAGUAAUAUUGGCUCCAUUGGCCACCUGUUGUUGUGACUGAAUUUGUGAAACUUUUAUUACGAUUACUUAUUUGGCCCUCUUUUUGUUCUUCGCUAUCAUUUUUGUAUUUGGAGUGACAGGUUAAACUGCAUUGUGACACUCUGAGAUAUGAUAAUGAUGUAUCAUCAAAUAAUGUUUUAGCCAUUCAGUGAUAGCCGUUCGGUAAACGAUCAGUUUUUAUACAUAGUUAGCAGUUAUGUGUUGUAACAGGGAUGACCUUAUAUCUUCCUUGUUGUUGUAUUUUGAAAGCACCAUCCUUAUCAGAAAUACAAUCUCGCUACAUUGUAAUUUUUAUUUAUCUAUGGCGUAGACUAAGCAUAUGGAUUAGAAUAAAUCCAAGUCUAGGUAAACAAACUUCUUUAUAUUCUAUUGACGUCUGACUCUCUGAGCAGAAUAAGAUGCACAGUCAGUCACACAGAACCUGCAUGUUUGAGUAAUUGAGUCUAAUUCAUUUCUGUUUGUGGGAAAAAAGACAAUGACAUAGUCGAUCAUUUAUUAGAAGUAGUGCACUCCCAUGUAUGUGAGCAAUAAUUGUUAGAUGUAGUCCACUCACAUGUGUAUGAGCAAUCAUUACUUAAUCCAUGUGAAUUUUAAAAUUUAAGACCAAAGUAGCUGAACUGAGAGCACAGUUGACUUAGAGAAUAUUAACAAUUCAGCUAUUUUGACCUCAAAUCUGAAAGUCACUUUGAAGUGUAAUUUUAGUGAAUAACCCUGAUAGUCAAUUCUUUAGAUUAUUCAUGCAACAUUAUGAUAAAAAUGUACUGUAAUAUGUUAAUGACCAUACAUUUUUCAUUACAAUUACUAGCUUGUGUGUUCUGUGUUCGUUUAUCCACCUAGCUGCAGUGAUUUGGGAAAAAAUGUUUACAUAAGUCUUACUUUUUCCAAUUAUUCUAAACUUCUCAUUCAUGCACUUGGAAUUGUCUAGUUUAUUGAGAAUAACAUUUCUAGAGUCAAUUUGCCUAGAUUUUUAUAACUUCUCGUAAAAAAUUUUUUUCAUUCAUUGCUGUAGUUAACCCUACACCUUUUUAUUUCCUUGCAGGUGAUUAGCCAGUCCAGAGCCAGAUUUAACCCAAGCAUUAGCAUGAUCAAGAAGUGCAUUGAAGUCCUUAUAGAUAAGCAGUACAUCGAACGAAGCCAAACCUCUGCAGAUGAAUACAGUUACGUUGCAUGA